GCGUAAAGUAGCGCGCAAUAUGCAGCAUUCGGUGGGGAAAACGUGUUGUUUGUGCGCUAUUUCACAGAACACGGCGUUAUAGAAUCAGUAGACCCGAGAAGUGCGAUCUCUAGUGUUUGGAACUCGGCUCUGGUUUGACGUCACCACAAGCGUUCGGCCAUCUUCUCCGCUCUAGGCAGGCAUGCUCAAUCGAUGAUCAGAUCGCAUCGAACCAGACCCCCUCAAUUGUUGGGGUUCUGCGCGGUUUUUAGCGGCGACGUAGGCACGUUCCCGCCGAAACCAUCGCCCGCCACUCGCGCUCGGACGACCCGUCGAUCGAGGUGCUCGACAGGCCGCCUGAGCCGGAGAGGACGGAAGCUCUGACUCGAUUGUUCAGGCCUGGGUAAUGGCGCCGCUCCCCCCCGCCAUGGCUCCCUGUCUCCCUGCUCUCUCAGUGAGAGAGAGUGGCCGCCGCUUGCAGCAGCUCACUAGGCCCGAGCCAGCGCCAGCUCGCCGAGACAGACAGCCGCCCGCACCGGCCCCGGGCGGGGAGACCCGAGGUGAGGCCGCGGGGUGGGAGUGGGAGCCCAGCCGCCUGCAAUGGCGGGGAAAGCGGGGUCAGGCUGUGGAUAGCGCACCCGCUGCGUCACACAGGCCCGGGAUCCUCGGAGGGGGAUGGGGGGGACGGAGGAUACCGAGAAUACCCCGGUGGGGCGGCAAGGAAACCCGCCCAGGGGGCAGCUGGGAGAUAUGGGUAUUGGAGGGGGUGAGAGGGACCUCGGGGGGAAAGGAGGGGGGCAGGUGGGAGGAGAGGGAGUAAGGUGAGGAGGGGGUUCAUUCAUUUUAAAAUAAAUAUUUAUAAAGCCAAUUUUAGUUCCACAUAAUUUCAUUGAAAAUUUUUUUUUUUAACUUUUUAGUCUUUGUAAACAAAAGUGUGUGUGUGUAUAUAUAUAUAUAUAUAUGUGUGUGUUUGUGUAUAGAGAGAUUUUAUAUAAUUAGAUAUAUAUUUUUUGUUAAUGUAGCACUUCUGAAACAUUGGUUUUAAGAUGCCAUACACAAAUAUUAAAAAUGAGGGCAUAUGGAAAAAUAUAUUCAUGUUAAAGAUAAUUUUGCCACUUUUUAAAAAUUGUAUUUUUUUUAUUUUUUUUUUUAUUUUACCAUUAUGACAGUAAUUGUGCUGUGGUAAAUAUUAAAAAUAAAAACCUGUGGAAAAUCUUACUUGAAGUGGUGUUUUCAAAAGAACACAUUAAAGGGUUGUUUUGGUAAAAGGGGCAAACAAUGUCUAUGCAUCGAAAUUUGCACAGAACGGACAUUAGCCAGCCCUGCGCUCUUGGCAGACUGACAUCCCUUGAUGCUGCUAGAACAGAAGUUUAAUGUGUUAUUUGCAGUAUUUUACAACAAACAUGCAGGCUGGAGUGGUUAUGGUGCUUGGACUAACUGUUUAACACGAAUUUGUAUGGCACAACUCCAUCCCCCUAUUAUCGACAUUUUAUUAUAAAAAAUAGCCGUAAAUGAGUUACAAAAUGUUUGAGGAACAAUUAAAGUGGACACUGCUUGAAAGAGCAUAAAAUUUAUAGUAUGACAACUUCAUCUCAACAAAGCCCUUGUGGGUGUUGGGGUCCUUCUAGACUUUAUUACCAUAAUGGGCAUCUAUUUAUGCUGUAAACAAUUUAUGCUCAUCAAGUUGAUCAUUCGAUUUGAUCUAUACAUCUUGCUAGUAAAUGUAUAAAUUAGGUCAAAAGUGUAUUUAAAAAAAUUCUCCCAGCUGUCCGUCAAUGCCUCGGGAGAGCAGAAAAGACCUCACACUGGAGGUCUUCUGUGGUUGCUAUGGAAAUUCCCUAGACUGUGCUUCUAGUGCUGGCUAGGGCGUAUAGGAAAGGGGUGAUUUGAUGUUACUCCAUUCUGAUGUUGGCACUGACAGGAUAUGCAUCUCCAAGCAGGGCAAAUCAAGAAGAGGUGCAGAACUGAUGCUGGAACCAAGGAUAAGUAAGCAAACCUUUAUUUUACAUUGGAUACACCGUGUUUCUUUGUGAUAUAUGAUGUAUUCAAUGUGUAUGGGACUCUUUAAGGAGGUUAAACUUUAAAAGGGAAACUCCAGUGCCAGGAAAACAAUCCACGUCGAUGCUUCUUCUUCCCUUUGAUUGCGUCGGCCGGUGGGCGAGACUGAUCCUGCCAAACCGGCCGGGGAGACCUAAUGCGCCUUAUAGGGAAGCAUUGAAAAUGCUUUCCUAUGGGGAAAUGAUCGACGCUGGAGGUCCUCACAUAACCUGUGCUAGAAACCAGGAAGUGCCUUCUAGUGGCUGUCUUGUAGACAGCCACUAGAGGAGUUGUUAACCCUGAUAAUUACAUUUGCAGGUUUAAGGGUAGUGGGAGUUGGCAUCCAGACCACUCCAAUGGAGUGUCCCUUUAAUAGUGAUUCUAAAAAGUUAUUUGCAUGGGUGCCCAUCUGCCCUGCGUUCUCUGUCCAUCUCUUGAUUGCUGAAAUAGUCUUUAAGGCUUGGCUUGAGUGCUGGUGAUAGGCUCGGAGUGUCAGUGGUUUUUAUUAGGUCAGGGGUGUUCUUUUAACUUGGGCUGAACCAAAAUAAUUGCAAUUCCUGUAUACAGCUGCACAGUUAUGACAUUUCCUAACAACUCGGUUAAUAUUCAGUAUUGGUGCUAAUCAAUAAAGAAAUGGUCCAGCAUAUCUUUUUUUUAUUAAAGUGUGUUUUGACCACAGUUAACAAAAGGACACUGUACUGCAAUAACUCCUCAGUUCUGUGAUCUUUCAGUUCAGAAUCUGACAGAUGAAGCCAAUUGGAUUCGCAUAACUGGUGUAAUUUCAAACAUUCAUGAGAGUACAAAACAGGCCUAUGGAAGAGACUGCAGAAUACUCGACAAAUGUUUUUGUUUGCGUGACUGUUACACUAGGAAAUAUUAAUGAAGUGGCAAGUGGAAGCUUUUUGCAGAUGAUUUUGCCAAUUUGUCAUGCAUAAGACAUAGUCUAAAUUUCGUCUUAGAGUAUCCAUUGAUUUUGCUUGAAUUUCACUGAAAUUUACAACUGGCACACUCACCCUAUUAUAGGCUGCCCGUAGCAAGUAAUGCUUAAGAAAAGUACUGGAAUGUGGGGGACACCACUUUACUGUUAAACGGUUCUAAAAUUGUUUAACACUUACAGGUAAGAGGUGCUUGUGAACUCCGGGAACCAUGACCACUUCAUUGACAUAAAGUGGUUUUGGUGGCCGACGUCCUUUAAGUAUAUAUAAUCAAUUUUACUUCAACAUUAAAAUUUAUAAUCUAAUUUUGAAACCUAGUACAAUUUCAAUAUUAUUCUAUACUUUUAAUCCACUAGUUUUAGGUGAUAGAACUUUAAUGCAGUAACUGGACUGUGUUCAUCGGCCAACUGCCUAAUAUUUUUAACUCUUCCACUUGUCCUUGAUUCAAAGUGUUGUGUGUAACGCUGUGCAAGCAGUAUUAAUUGCUGACGUUUCUUGAAUGCCAGCACUAUAUUUGUAUUCUUAAAUCAUGUAAAAUGUUACUCAACACAUUACAAAUCGCCUAAUGUAUUAAGUUACUGUUUUUGGUUAAUAAAGUGUACUUCCAUGACAGAUAUGUCUUGGGUGCAAUUAAAGGUUUGACAACUUACUUGAGGUCUGCCUAGCACACCUGCCUCUUCCUCCUGUGGAAUCAUAAGCUAUCUGCACUGAUCUUGUCUAGUGGCGCAGGCCCUGUAGCUCACAGAGGUCAGCUAGUACUUUCACCCAAUGAACCAGCUCUACACUGCAUGUUUUAGCUCAGGGGAGCUAAUGGAAUUGGCAAAGUGUUCUUCUCAGUCUUGUACAUUUAAAACGUAAACAUGAGCAGUCAUCACCAUGAAAUAAUUUACAUUUAAUUUAGUUUAUAAUGCAUUUGGCACCGGAUGACAUUUUAGAAAUCUGCCUGGGUUCGCGAGAACGGAAUUUUAUUAGCAUAAUAGAUAAUAUAUAGUGUGCAGUAACACUAGCACUUUCCUUUUAGAAGUGCAUGUAUUUUUAUGACUUGUACCCCUUUUAUACAGUUCUUCAAACUUCCCCUUUUGCAUUUUCCUGCAUGGAUGUUUGAUUUUUAAAUAUCUAUAAAAAAAAAUAAUUAUUGCUUUCAUUACUAAAUGUUUUUUUUUACUUUAGUCUAUUUUUGAUACUCAAACUUUGAGAUAUACAUGUGUGUGUAAUUACGUACCGUUAAAGCUGGCAAGCCUAGUUGAUAUUAAGUAACAUCCUGUUUACAGACCUUUACCGUUUGCCUGUGUGUGGAAAAAAAUCCCCCAGUUAUGUUAUCCGGUGCAGUGACAUUUAUAGUUCUCUAUGACAAUGUUCAUACAUGAUCAAUUUGUGAUACAAUAUGGAUUUAACUAAGGGAGAUUGUGAGAUAAUGGCAGGAAAUUAUGUGAAAUUUCCCAGUAAUGGGGACACCCGUCCCUAAAAUUCUAAUAUUCUUAAGCGUAACUAUAUGUUGGCACUGAAAGUUCAAGAUUCUGAAUGGGUUUAUAACCAGUGCUUGACAAAUCUAUCACUUAGGAGCCAGCUGCUGGUGCAUUUAUAGGCAUCUUUAUUAAAGAACCCCAAUUAGAUAAAUACUGCUAGUAUAAAUCUUGGAUUUAUGGUUGGCUACUAAGCUCCUAAGCUUUACCCAGUUUAAAGGAAUACUAUAAGUGCCAGGAAUACAAAGCUGUAUUCCAGGCACUAUAUCCCUCGGCCUCUCCUUUGUGCCAACCGACCCGGGUAAAUAAAGGGUUAAAAACCCUUUAUUUACCUUAUCCCAGCGCCGAUGUCCCUCAGCGCUGGGGCGUGGCUCUUCCUUCGAGUGGGUGCUAAUGCACAUGCGUGGCUAAUGCCGCACGCGUUAGAUAUUCCCACAGGUAUGCAUUGAAUUAAUGCUUGCAUAUGGGGAAAAAUCUGAUGCUGGAUGUCUAAAGGUCCUUUGGAUCCAGAAAGCACCUCCAGUGGCUGUCUGGGAGAAAAAAAAAAGAUGAUGGUGCCCUGGCAACCUAACCACUAUAGUAGUGAGCAGUAGCAACUGUGUUGUUUACAGUGCGUCUUUCUUAACUGUACAGCUAUUAAGACUUAUUUGCUGACAGAGAAGGUCGUAAAAGCACACCAUUUUUAAAAAUCCUCUUAUUUCAUUAUGUUUAAUACUUACUUGCCAGUGAUGCAUGAAUGUGUCGUUCUGAGAGAAAUGUAAUUCUUGUUUGUGCACACCUAUACACUGAUAGGAGAGAUGAACCUGCUUGGUAAACGGAGCACCCACAUUUUAUUUGCAAGCAACCUCACCAAGUCUGUACUAAUGACUCGACAAAUGAGCACUGCUACAGUUAAAUAACCUAACCAAACUGAUAACACAAUAAAUACAAUUACCAAUUAUGCCCUAAAUGUUUGUUUUUUGGAAAAACCAUAAAAAUCUUGAAAAAAAAAAAAAAAAGCGUGGGUCUUUUCUGGUGCCAGUUAUCUUUUUAUCACUUGCAACAUAAGUUCUCAGUAGAGAACAUUUUCUACAAUCCAGAGGCAUUAUAGCAUUAGGAAUACAAAUGAGUACUCUAAUGCUAUAGUCUAAACGCCCCUAGUUAUCCACCCUUUAUGAUCGUUGUAGAAAUAAUUACAAAAAAACAUUAUCUUGCUCCAAGCAAGCAUUAUAGAGGAGCAUUGGGGACCAUAGGCACGUCAAACACCCGCCAAGGAUUUUGUCAAUAAGAAUCAUUGAACGCGUAAUGUCACUGCCUGUACAUGAGAGCAGUGAAGUAACAGUCGUGGCUCUCCUAUCCAGAGGGGCUGGAGGUGUGACUUGAAGCCGCACGUCUAGGUUUUCUAUUACUAUUUUUCAUUUUUGAAGCUAGGGCAUGGGGACUACUGUACGUACCAUAACUUCAUUUAGAUGAAGUUAUUAGUGUGAGUACAGUGUUCCUUUAAAUCUUUGACUCCCGGUAACCUUCACUUCAAAGGUUUUUUUUCUUUCUUCAUUUAACUAGUCAGGCAAUUAAGGAAUCUGCUGUGGUGUGUGUAAUCGGCCCUAAUUUCCCUUUUGUUAUUAAUUCACCAAUCUAUACUGUUUUUAAUAAUUUAAAAAAAAAUCUUUAUUUUAGGACAAAUAAGACAUUCUUUUGACACACUAUAUUAUCAAAAAUGUAUUUUACGUAGCAUAAUAGAAUAUUAAAUAUAUAUAUACUAAAGCAAUAACUUUUUAUGAACAUCUAGGAACAGGAUCUUAGGUGCAGGUUUUUGGAGGCGUAACAUAAGCUAGUUUAAAAGUACACAUCUGACUUCUAAGUCUGUCCUUAAUAUAGUAUCAUGAUGAGACUGGUUUCCAAAAGGCAGAGUUUCAAAAUGCCUCACUAAGAGGAUCACUGCAGAGUCCCAGUAUUCUAUCUGAAAGUGCCUAACAUUGCAGUCACCAUCAGAGAAUAUAUUGUUUAUUGCUGGCGCACAUAUUUAUAAUGCAUUUUUAGGUCAGCUAUACUACUAUGACAACAUUGCACAUUUUCCUGCUUCCUGUGGACCUCCCAGGGCGGUUUAUAACUGCGGGUUUUCAUAAAUUGCUGCAGAGCUCUAAGACUGCCCCCGCCCCCUCUAACCCCUGCUUUCUAUCAAAUCAUUUUUACUUUACUUCCUUGUUUGCUGUCCUAUGUUUGCCCAACUUGUGUACCCCAAGGGAGAGAUGAAUAACUCAUUGGCUUAUUAGAUCACUACAGAUUUCCUGAUUUCACAAUGUAAAUAACAAGUGAAAGUAGAAAUCCUUUCCCCCAUUGCAAUGUUUUGGAAAAACCCAUAUAGUUAGUAGAGUCAAUUUUUCUUUUAUAACAUACUCUACUGUUGUGAUUCCAGCAAAAGCAGCAGUUCAGAUUUAGCCACUAAACUGGGAACUGCUGAGAAUUCACAUGGUAAUUGCAAAUUUAUUUUAGGCUGAAACAACGGAGCUAAUCCCUUAUGAUUAGAUUGGCUUAAAAAUGGCAACUCUUGUCAAUUCUCCACUCUAUCUGAUCUAUUGAAGAAACCCUGAUGUAGUGUCUAGGUAGCAGGAUCGUAAAAAAGGUAUAGGAUAUUUCCAGACGUUUAAAUGAUUAGUUCCAGUAAGACAAGAGGCCAAGAAAGUUAGUCGUUCUCUUCCUGCAGAGGCUGUUUGAUUAUUUAAGCUACAUGUUUAUUAGCCAUGUUAUAUACGGCUAAUCUUUACAUUAGUAAAGGAAAUUAAGGAUUCAGUUUUAUUCUGAUUUAGUAAUGUGUGUGUGUCUAUAUGUGCUAUGGUUUAGUUGCUGAUUACCUACCUCUUUUAAAGUGUAAUUCUAAGCACCAUAACCCCUGCAGUCAAUUGUGGUGUUGGGGCUCUCCUUGCUCUUACAGCCUGUCCUUUUUGCUGUGACUCUAUUUAUGUGAAAGAUUAUUUCUGCAUUUCAGAAGUUUUGGACAGUAAUGAUAGGCUGCCAGUGCUAGACUAAUUGGCACUCUCAUCCUAUCAUUGCUGUCCUAAUUUGCACAGUCUACGUGGAAUUACACUUGCAUUUGCUGUGAUGCAGGAGAGGUUCAAGGUUGCUAGACUUGGGAGACAUCUGUUUUUUUGCCAAUCGUGGGGGGGGGGGAUCAUAAUCAAAACAAUGCUUUGUUGAAGUUAAUUCACUUUCUAAAUAUAGUGUUUUUGUUUUGCAGCCGUGUGCUCUGUGAGGCCCAUACUCUGUAUGAAGAGUGGUUGAGUCUAUGGCCUCAGAGCUGGAAGCCACAAAGGAUGGCUUCUCCACUGACCUGGCAAAGCCCCUCCACCUCCAGUAUCUGGAGAGAGCUCUUCGACUGGACCAGUUUCUUCGCCAAACCUCUGCUGUAUUCAACAAAAGCAUCUCAAGGUAUUGCUUUCUCUACAAUUCUCAAUACUUGUGAUCCACAGCUCCCAACAUAUUACUGCUGUCUGCUUGUAUGAUAUUGUGUUUUAUACUACUCUUUAAAAACGAUCCUUUUGUAUUCUUGCUCUUGUUGUUUGACCUUCCAGUCAUAAGAUUAACCUUGGAGAACAACAGAGAAAGAAGAUAAAAUUUGGUAACUGCCUCUGAGAGUGGAUAGAUGAAGGACUGGUAGCUAGUUGUAUGAAUUGUAAUCUUUGAUAUAAUGAGAUUUGAAUUUGGAAAUGGGGAAAACGGAAGUUGUUUAUUUGGUGGUGGCAAUUUAUUUGCCAGUAUUUCCGCAGUAUAUUUCAUGAUUUUUCAUGUAGUAUAUUUCAUGAUAUUUCAAAUGGUCAGUAAGCCAAUGUAGAUCAUGUAAAUUUAAAAAAAUACAAAUGUUUUACUACAUUGAGUGUAGUUUUUACCCUCAAAAUGUUGAAUAAUGCCUCCCAAUCACUUCAGGUAGGCUUGGUAUAACACAAUCAAAGCAGAAAUCCACAUCCUUAACUCAUUUUAGUUAUUAAUUUUAUUAAGGUGAUUAAAUACCAACUGUAUGUGCACAAUAUGGGAAUAGUGAAUGAUGUGGAAUCAAUCAAUUGAUUAUCUUGCGUAUCUGCCCCUGGCCAAAUUUAAAAAGAUGCAUGCACGCUCCUGAAGUAAUUCACACCAGACACAGGUUUCAGGUUAAUUAAAAACUUGAGGAAUGUUUAUUCUGGGGGGAUGGCAUGCCCCUUAUAAAGCAAAAUUACAUCAUAUGCAUUGUCAGAGAUAACAUGGAAUAAUACAUCAAUAAUUGGUUAGGUGUUAAGUGGUUCAUAUAGUGCCAUUCCUACCGGGUGUGAUGUCACUGGUAUCUUGGAGGUCUCCCCCAGAUUCCAGCGCCAUCUUGUUAAUGAGGGUGUUAGUCGAUGUCAAAGAGAAACUCCCUAGCGGCCACAGUGUGUCACAGUCUAUAUCGUCAAUAUCUUGAUGUAGGUGUGGUGCGGUCAAUGGUCUGAUCUACAGUCUUUUGUAAGUACCUUUGCACCCAGGGCAUCACGCAGCAAACCAGGAAGAGGAGGAGAAUCACUACUGUAAGAACUGCCAUACCUACUUGAAAGAGAACCCUCUGCCAUCCACUCAUCCAUCCCAACCAUCUGUCCCAUGAAUUGGAGACCCUCCGAGUUCUUUUUUAAUUCGGCAGAGAGACUUUCUAAUUUCUCUAUGGCCAUGGUUACUUUACCAUUGGGGCCUGUAUUAUUUGGGAAGAAGGUGCAGAAUGUCAUAGUGUCGGGGAGUCUUUUACACACACCCUCCUUUUCUGCUAGGAUCAUGUCUAAGGCCAUUCGAUUCUGGAAUGUCAUUUGGGAGGUAGCCUGCAGUUGUUCUGCCAAGCCUUGAAGGGCAUCUCUAGUAUAAUUGACAAAACGUUGCUGAUUAUAAUAGAUAUAAUUAAUCCAGUUAACAUUCUUGUUAGCGGUGAUGAGUGGGAUCAAGGAUUCGAAUCCUGCCGCAACCUCAUCUCUGGCUUUGAACUCGUUUGGUACCCCCCUUGGUACACCUAUGGCAUCGAAAUAUAUGUGUGGGUCGAAACUACCUUGAAUAGGGGUUUCUCUUUUUAUCCUGAAGUACGUGUGUGGGGAAUCAAGUGGGCCUUGGUGGUUAUCAGAAAUUAUAUGUAUAGGCAUGAUGGCUUUGGUCAGAGUGCGUUCUCCCCACCACAGGCCAGUCAUUUUAGAUCUGAGUUGCAUAUCUCCACAUAGCCAAUAAAUGUCUCCCAAGGACUUGACUUGAUUUACCAAUAAGGUAGUGGGAGGUGUCCGAUAGGUGGCACAGUAGCCGGGAGGGAAACUACCUACAAAUUUACCCGUGGUUCCGUGUAUAGUGUAGCAAGUGUAAUUACCUGGAUACAUGGUGAUUACAUCAGGUGGCCUGAGAUUCCCUUGAGUUAUUGGAUAUGCCUUUUUCCAUGAUUCACAUACUGAUGAGUUUGUGGCUGAUUGUACAUAGAGGCUUAGAAAAUCUGAACAUCAGGGGGUAGAUUAAAAGGCACUGUACCCAGAUGGGGUCUGGCCCCGCCACAGACAUAACAGUUUUAUUGUGUGAAUUAGCAUUAUACCUCAUCCACUCGAGCCAUAGGUUGGUAUCUGAAAAAACGGUCUCCACUGCCAUAGUUGCUGAGUGUUGUGAUUGUGGAAAAGUACGAGGAACAAUAUCACAGUAAUCAAAGGUAAAAGUAGCUACAUGUGUGUUUGAAGAGUUAUACCAGAAUGUGUAAACACGAUUAUCUUUGGUGAUAGCAACUUGUCGGGCCUUUAAUAGGCCUAGCAGCAGAAAUAGACACAGGAAGCUCAUAGUUUAGCGGGAUCUGCUUCCUCUGGAUCAGGAACUUUCUUACAGUGCGAGGCGUGUAUCCAGGUAUUCUUCCCAGCCAAUUUUACCGAGGUAAAUGUGGUCAAUAGGACUUGGAAUGGACCAUCAAACCUUGGCUCAAGAGUGUGCUUUCUCAGGAAUUUCUUGACCAUAACCCAGUCACCUGGAAGGAGUUUAUGUGUUCCUGUGUUUGAUUCUGGAUCUGGAAUAGAAGAAAACACCUGUGCAUGGAUUUUGGUCAAGGCAUGACAGAGUGCAGUUAAAUAAUCUACCAUUGCAUCUGCAGAAUUUGAAGUUGUUGAGGAAAAUAACAGCCUAACCUGGGUGUUGUACCAAAUAAAAUCUCGUAGGGGGAUAAGCUAAAUCUCCCUCUUGGAGUGUACCUUACACUAAAUAGUGCUAUGGGAAGACUUUACGGCCAGGGUAGGUUAGUUUCUUGGGCCAUCUUAAGCAUUCUGGCUUUCAAGGUGCCAUUCAUGCAUUCUACCUUACCACUACUCUGUGGGUGAUGGGGUGUAUGCAAAGGUCACCUCCAGUGCUGCCCAGAUUUCCUUGGUUAGCAACGCGGUGAAGGAUGUUCCCUGGUCACUUUCAAUCACCUCAGGAACUCCAUAUCUGCAGAUGAUUUCGGUAAGUAGGCACUUUGCUGUGGUCUUAGCAGUGAGAUUAGUGACAGGAAAAGCUUCUGGCCAUCCUGAAAACAUAUCCACUAUAACCAGUGCAUAUUCAUACCGGCCUCUUUUUGGCAUUUGGAUAUGAUUAAUUUGGAUCCUUUGGAAAGGGUACUGUGGCUUGGCCAAAUGGUUAGGUGCAGCUUUAAUUGUUUUUUCCCGGUUUACAUCUGGCGCAGAUAGUACAGGAUCUGCAGUCAUUUCUUGUCAAAGUAGUGAUUCCGGGUGCCUCAAAAUAUUUAUCAAUCAGGGAGUUCAUGAGGCGCUUGGAUAAAUGGGCUGGUCCAUGGGCCCACUGAACGACAGCUGUGUACAUAUUCUUGGGUAGACAGAAUUUGAGGUUGAUUGUGUACACUUCAUUCUGGAGGGUUGCCCCUUUAUCUUUCCAACUUUGUUUUUCCUGAGGGGUGGCAGCGGCUUGUUGUUCUCUCAGGAGCUUGAGAUCGGUAGGUAGGGUUUGCAUAGUGUAAAUAGGAGUUCGUUCAACGGGCACUCUUCUGUCUACUUCCCGACACUGGCGUGCCGCAUCUUUAGCAGCCUGAUCGGCUAAGUAAUUGCCACAUGCUUCUUCUGAAUUCAUAUCUCCCGUGGGCCUUUACCUUCAAUAUGGCCACCUCUUCAGGGAGCUGUAAGGCAUCCAUUAAUUCGUUGAUAGCUGCGCCAUGUUUCACCGGAGUACCUGCUGCCGUAAGAAAUCCCCUUGUUUUCUAGAUUAAGACAAAAUCAUACGCUACACCCAGGGCAUACCUUGAGUCUGUAUAGAUAUUAACACGCUUACCUUCAGACAUCUUACAUGCUGCUGUAAGGGCUAUUAGUUCGGGUUCUUGUGCUGACUUAGAUGAUGGAAGUGAAGAUGCUUGGAGUACUCAGUCUUCUGUGGUGACAGCAUAUCCGGUAUGAUAUUGUCCCUGUACGUCGGCAAAUCUAGAACCAUCCACAAACAGGGUGAAGUGAGGAUCUGGCAGGGCAGCCUCGUGCACCGUUGGGAGAUGGGUUGUCUCCAUUUUCAUCUGUUCAAAACAGUCAUGAGGGGCAUCCGCGUCCUGUUCUGUAGGAGGGAUGUCUUCACAUAUCUCUGUGUGAUAUCGAGGGUAACCAACUGUUUUGCAAUUUAUGGUUCUUUUAGUAACCCCUGUCAAUGUGAGCUGUUCUUGAGUUGCGGUACUCCAUGUUUUGGCCAUUGGGCCGAGUUCUUUCUAUGAGAGAGUCAGAGAUUUGGUGAAAGAGAUAUGAGGAACUGCCACCUCCCAGUGGUGGUAUAAAUGUGAUACCUUCAUGGGCAGGUAGACCAAGAUAACAGUAUUUCCUCUGGAGUCACAGAACAGGUCUGUCAGGGUGAUGCGUAUUUCCACCAGGCUAAAUAAUUCUUCUUCAUAGUAUGGGUCAGGACCUGGGGUAUUCCUGAACCACAGGGUACAAUGUAGAUAGCCCUCGAGUUGUUCGUCAUGUGGAACCAUGGGCUUUUUUACUUGAAGGUCCAUAUGAAAAUCAGGAUUUAUGUCUAGACUGUACCAGUAUUGUGGUACUCCCCCCAUGGGAAGUGGCAGAAGAGUGGCCGGGUUCAAAGAGUAACAUCUUUGUAGAGGACGUUAUAAGGAAAGAGGAGGGAGGUUGGAAGGCGGAGGUGUCUCUUGGGAGGAGAGAUGUUUCGGUUGGACUUGAUUCAGGAUGGCCGUGAUGUCAUGGGGAGCAAGGACAGUGAGUUUAUGUCCGAGAACAGUCAUUAGUUUUGUCCAGCAGGGCACUGGCAGCAAACACAGCACGUAAACAAGAAGGACCGCCUCGAGCCACGGGGUCCAGCAUGCAUGAGAAAUAACCAAUAGGGCGUUGACGGGAACCAUGUGAUUGUGUAAGGACUCCUGAAGCAUGGCCCAUCUUUUCAGAGACCAAAAGUUUGAAUGGUUGUUGAUAGGUAGGCCCAAAGCUGGGGCAGAGGAGAUGGCCAUUUGAAGGGCAUAGUAGCAGGAGCGAGCUGUUAAAGACAAUGCAAAUGGUUCAGUCUUCAAGGCAUCAUAGAGAGGUUGCAUGAGCUGAGAAGCCUCAGGGAUCCAAGACCUGCAGUAUGUGAUGAGGCCCAAGAAGGCAUAAAGAGUUUGGUGAGUCGACGGGAGAGAGAGAUUAUUUGUUCUUUGUUAGGUGACGGGUGCCAUGGGAAAGGCAAUGUCCCAAGAGGACCACUGAGGGCCGGCACUACUGAAGUUUCGUUCUGGAGGCUUUACAUCCUUCUUCAGCGAGGAAACCAAGGAGAUCUUUGGAAUUUUGUUCAGCAGUUGGAAGAUCAUCUACACAGAGGAGUAGAGCAUCCACAUACUGGAGCAGGACCACGUCAGGGUGAGACUUCUGCCAAGGUUCUAAGACAGUUGACAUAGAUUUGGCGAAUUGAGUAGGGGAAUUUUGUGCACCUUGAGGCAUGACAGUCCAAGUGUACUGUUGGUGAUCAUGUGUGAAAGUGCAAAAAUAUUGGCAAGAGGGAUCCAAAGGCACGCUGAAAAAGGCGUUUGCAAGAUCAACCACAGUGAAGAAUUUAGCCGUUGGAGGGACUUGUGACAACAGUUUAUGUGGAUUCGGGACAACAGCAGUGUCUUGGUUGGUGACAUCAUUAACAGCGCGGAGGUCUUGAACCAUACGGUAUUGGUCAGGUUGGCCUUUUUCAGUCUUCUUCACUGGAAAUAGGGGGGUGUUACACUCUGACAGACACUUUACCAGAGAUCCUUUUGCCAACAGACUUUUAACUUGUUUGGAGAUGGCAAGGGCUUGAGCAGGCUUUAAUGGGUACUGUGGUCUUCGUGGUGGAUUAGCUCCCUUUAGUAGCGUGACAACCACAGGUGGGACUCUUAGGCGUCCAAUGUCAUCUGGGCCUGUAGACCAAAGUUUAUUUGGGACCCUAUCCAGGGCACUGGGGGCAUCUGGGACCCUUGCCUCCUUGGAGGGGAAAGUCAUGUGUAAUAGUAGGGGCAAAGAGAAAAGAACAGAAGUAUAUUUGCGAGAGAGGGGGGUUAAUAAUUGAACCUGGCCAUCAGCAGUGAAGGAGAUAGAAGCUUGAAGACGGGACAGAACAUCAGCACCUAAUAGGUUAAUUGGACAAGUAGAAGAGACAACAAACCAUGAGAGAAUGUCUGAACCCAUCCGCAAGAGUUUAGUUAAUGGGUUGUUUCUAGGGAUACCAUUGACACCUACACAAGAGACAUCAGUGUUGGAUAGGUAAGAUGAGUCAGGCAGGUCUUGUUCUCUGAGAACACUGCGGGCUGCACCUGUGUCAACUAAAAAGGUAGUAGGAUGACCCUCUACGGGUAGGACUACUGUAGCGAGAGGCCCCCCUUUGUCCCCUGUAGACACUGCCAUGACAGGGGUGUUAGACAUAGGUUUGCCAGUUACCUAUUGUAAGAGGUCUAGGUGAGAUUGAUCAGGGCUAGUGUAGUGACAUGUGGGUGCAGUGUAGUGACAUGUGGGUGCGGUGGAGCGACUGGUCUGCUGAGUCUGGCGUGUAGGGCGAUAUUGACUGGGUACAGGACGGUCAUCUUGUUGAUAAUCAUCUGUAUCAUAAUUAUCAGGGGAAUUGUGAACAUAGCUGCGGUGUAGAGGGUGUUCAAAAUCCAAAAUCUAGUUCUUCUUCUAACCAACCCUCCCGCUUGAGUUCUCUUGCCACCCGAUACCAAGCCUCCACAGCUUUCGUUAACUAUUAUCCAACAAUAAGCCCUCUUUGUCAAUAAGCAAUUUCCUCCAAAAUUCUGGCUGUAAUCUACCACUGACAUUUGAAAGCCACAAAUCUUUGCUAUUUUCUUUAUUUUUAACAUAGCCUCUUCUCCUGCUCUCUCCCUAACUAUGUCACAAGCUAAGUAGCCUUUGGAAGGUCUGGUGUGUUUUUGUCCCAUUUUUACCAAACAAGGCUUCCCACGUAAAAGGGACACAGAGAGAGAGAGAGAAAGAGAGGGAGGAAAAAGAAGGAAUGUCUACAGUGCUCGACUGCCACGAGGAAUUGAUCUUCGUGUGUCUUCCCUAAAAGUAGACUAGUCACGGGAUCCGCCCACCCAAGAUGGUGGCCACGGAUCUGAGCAGGCGAGCAUGGGUGACUAACACAGCUCUGGGUAAAAAGUACAGAAGAGGUAGAGAAUGAAGGAAAAGGUGAACGUGGAGAGACUAAUCAGAAGACAUUUACAAGAGUCACAGAUGUAGAGAUGUACACAUAAUCCGGAAUCGAGGAUGAGCCACACAACACACACACAGCGAGGGUACCCACACUAUGGCGACAAUUGAAUAAAAACCCUAAUAUAAUAAAGAACAAUAUAACAACGAGCAUAGUAACAACUAAACAGUAAAUAAAACCUUGUUCUGCUCUGAACAGUACGACAAAAUUCCCAGCCUUUCUCUAGGCGGUUCCCAGCCCUUCACCGGGCGGAUGCGUUCCCUGCCCACUAGGCAGUCAAGCUAUAGUAAAUUCCCAGCCGCUCACCAGGCGGAUGCGUUCCCUGCCUGCUAGGCAGUCAAGCUAUAGUAAAUUCCCAGCCCCUCCCCGGGCGGAUGCAUUUGCCCGGUGUGCCCGAUGGCCAGUCCGGGCCUGCUUCAGGCUUUUUGCAGUAAACACGGUCAGAAAAUGGAGUGUUUACUGAUACCUCCACUGGCUACUCCUCAUAUGGCUACUAGAGGUGCCUCCAUGUCUCCACCCUCUGCAUGCAGACACUGAACUUUCCUCAUAGAGAUGCAUUGAUUCAAUGCAUCUCUCUGAUGAGAUGCUAAUUGGUCAGGGCUGUGUUUGACUUGUGCUGGCUCUGCCCCUGAUCUGCCUCCUUCACAAUAUCAGCCAACCCAAUGCUUUUCUUUCGGAAAGCAUUGUGAUUUUCUUUGAUCAACACAACUGAUGUCAGCCAAGCAGGCAGAUCAGACGCAGAGCCAGCAGCAGCAGUCUGGUAUAAAAAGUAUGAUUUUUAUAUGAUUAAGGGGGGCAGGGUGUCUAGAUGGUGUCUUUAACACUAUAGGAUCAAGUUCAAGUGUAUAAUCUAUUUAAAAAUAGGUCUUUCUCCCACCAGUCAGUCAGUAAUUUGGCACAGACUAUAUGCCGAAGAAUUGACUGAUAAGUGAAAGCAGAAAAACGUCUCCCGCAGGCUCUCCUCGCAUAGCAACAAAAGCUUGUGUGGGGUGGUUGCCAUGGUAACCCCAUAGCUGUCGUUGCUUGUACUAUCUACGGAGUAUAGGAAUGGACUGACUGACAACACACAAGCUGAGGAUAAGGAGUGAAGGUAAACAUAUCUCAAAAUUUUACAUUAAUUACAUCAUGUAUUUCUGUGAUAUAUGAUGUAUUUAAUGUGUUUAGGGACUAUUUAAGUAAAUCUAAAAAGCAGAUGGCAGGUUCACUUUAAUUCCAUUGUCCCAUGUCAGAAUACCUCAUGCUAUCCUUGUUUUAUACAGAAAAUGAAAGAUGCUUGUAACCUUUGAUAUGCUUACAAGAACAUAGUCCAUCUGUAUUUCUGUCUGGAUUAUUACAUUAGGUGAAGGAAAAUACAAAGCAUGGCACUGCACACACUUAACAGAAGGGACCAAUAUAAUGCUUCCUCAUUUAAUAGAGAGACUACCAACCCCUUAGUCAUACCAGAUGACUGGAUAUAUCCCCAAUUGCACAGAAAUAAAAUACUCAGGCACUCAUUAUGUAAAGCUUAAGGCACAGUUUAAAGGAACUUCAAAGUGCACAGCAACGUUUCAACCUGUACCCAAGUCUUUCUCGAGCUUGACAAAUACCUGGGUAAACGGUCGAAACGUUACUGUGCACUUUUAUGUUCCAUUAAACUCUGCCUGAAUCUUUACAUAAUGAGUGUCUGAGCAUUUUUUUCUUUGUAUUACUUGUCUGUGUGGUGUGCUGACCCUAGCUCUGUUAGCACCCUGUUCUUUUUGCAAUAUCUCAAAUUGCAGACUUUACAGAGAUCUCUGUCAACAUAUCUCAAUACAGAAUGUACCUGUAAUCAUGGUUGAUUAUAUUUCUUACCUGUUCUGUGUUACAGGACCACUAUAGUCCCAGGAAAACAAACUUGUUUUCCUGGAACUAUAUAGUUCCCACCCUCAGGGUCCCCCUCCCGCUGGGCUGAGGGGGUUAAAACCGCUUCAGCCACUUACCUUAAUCCAGCGACGGGCUCCCUCAGUGCUGGUGACCUCUCCUCCCCCUCUGACGUCGGCUCCGGGGUGGAGCCGCGCACACCUACCAACCGCCCAUAGGAAAGCAUUACUCAAUGCUUUCCUGUGGAUGUUCUGCGUGCUCAACGCAAUUUUUCGCUUUGAGUGUUGUGGAAGCGGCUCUAGCAGCUGUCAGGAAGACAGCAACUAGAAGCUGGAUUAACCCUGCAAUGUAAACAUAGCAGUUUCUCUGAAAUCCUGGGGGACCUGGCACCCAGACUACGUCAUUGAGCUGAAGUGGUCUGGGUGACUAUAGAGGUCCUUUAAAUAUAUAUUUUUUUUAUAUUAUUUGGUAUGUUUGUUAUAUUGUACCCUAUUGUAACAAUGCAAUGUUUGUGAGCCUAGGGCAUACUUGAAAAUUAGAGAAAUCUCAAUGUAUCCUUUUCGGUUAAAAUACUUUAUAAAUAAAUAUUGGAGUGGAAUGGUUUUCCCGGAAGUCCCUCUAGUGGUGGUUAACCCACUAAGGUAAUUAUUGCAGUUUCUUAAACACUGCAAUAAUUACCAAUGCAGGGUUAAGGGACCUGGGACAGUGCACCCAGACCACUUAAAUGAGCUGAAGUAGUCUUGAUGCCUAGAGUUUCCCUUUAAACAUCCAUGGAUUUUUAUGUGAGGGACUUUCCAUGUUUUGCAUCUAAAUGAGGUGUUUUUGUACAGUUUCUGGAUAUCGGUAGCUAGGGAUUGAAUUGAUCUGUUGAUUCUAUUUUUGUAUAACCCUUGAUAAGUGCUGUUUUUUUUUUUUGUUUUUUUUUUUAUAUGUAUUGGGUUUCUGGCAGCAUACAGUACUUAUCACAUCAUAUGUUUAUUAUUUGUUUUGCUACUUGAUCUCUGUCAUGCUAUUUAAUCUGUUGUAGUGAUGAGAGUGAAGAUGGUCUGGAUGAAAGUUCCCUGCUUCCAGAGUCUGAGUAUCCUUCCUUGCAGGUGAAAGAGGAACCUAUGUCACCUCUCCUAGGAGAACCGUCUGGACAAGAAAACCCAGGGUUGAUACCAACUCACUCACUCAAUGGAGUCUUGCAACUAGGUCUGUCUCACACACUACCAGUCAUUAGUGUCUCUGUGUGUUGGUUUCAUUCUCUAAUGCUCGUAAACCUGUUUCUUUGUAAAUUGUCUCAUCAGAGCCAAAGUCUGACAGAGGAAGCUUGUACAACUUCUCAAAGCUGAAGAAAAGUAGAAAAUGGUUGAAGGUAAGUUAGAUCAGUACUUGAGAUGUAACAAUAAUGUUGGUAUUGUUGAAGGAAUAUUUUCAGAUAUUUUUUUUAUUUGAGUUAUGAUAUAAAAUAUCACCUGUUUUGUAGACUUAAUUUUUGUAUAACUUUAUAAUUUACACAAGUAAGUUCUGUGCAUCUCCCGGUUUACCAAUUUUUAAGUUCUAUCUGGUUGAAAGCUUUUCUUGUCAAACUUAAUACUGUAACCGCAAGUUUAAAAUACUGGGCAUCUCAUAAAACACAUGUUGAGAUUGUUCUACCUGUUUGUAUUGUUCAUGAUGUUUGGUUUGUUAAAUUGUCACCCUUAUAGUCCCCUUAAAGGGAAACUCCAGUGCCAGGAAAACAAUCCGUUUUACUGGCAUUGCAGGUCCCCUCUACCUCCCACCCCCCAAUUCCCAGUUGCUGAAGGGGUGAAAACCCACGUCGCUGCUUCCUCCUCCGCCGCCGCUCCUCCUCUGCAUUGCGUCGGCUGGUGGGCGAGACUGUUCCCGCCCACCGGCCGGGAAGACCUAAUGCACAUUAGCGCUCCCCAUAGGAAAGCAUUGAAAAUGCAUUUCAAUGCUUUCCUAUGGGGAAAUGAGCGACGCUGGAGGUCCUAGAAACCUGGAAGUGCCCUCUAGUGGCUGUCUAGUAGACAUCCACUAGAGGUGGAGUUAACCUUGCAAGGUAAUUAUUGCAGUUUAUAAAAAACUGCAAUAAUUACACUUGCAGGGUUAAGAGUAGUGAGAGUUGGCACCCAGACCACUCCAAUGGGCAGAAGUGGUCUGGAUGCCUGGAGUGUCCCUUUAAAGGUACACUAUAGUCACCAGAACAACUACAGCUUAUUGCAGUUGUUCUGGUAAGUACAAUCAUUCACUUCAGGCUUUUUGCAGUCAGUACUGUCUUUUUAUAGAAAAUGCAGUGUUUACAUUAAAGCCUCGGGAUACCUCCACUGGCCAAUCCUCAGAUGGCUAUUAGAGGUGUUCCCUGGGGCAGUGCUUCACCCUCUGCAUGGAGACACUGAACUUUCCUCAUAGAGGUGCAUUGAUUCAACAAAUCUCUAUAAGGAGCUUCUGAUUGGCCAGGGCUAUGUUUAGCUUGUACUGGCUCUGCCCCAUACCUUUCUCCUUGACAGUCUCAGCCAAUCCAAUGUUUUCAUAUGGGAAAGCAUUGUAGUAAUUGUCUCAGAUCACCACUUCUGGUGAUAUAAGCCAAGCAGGCAGAUCAGGGACAAAGCCAGCAUCAGCAGACUGGAAUUUAAAGUAAGAUUUUACUAUAUUUGUGUGUGUGUGUGGGGGUGGGUAAGUUAUUUUUAAAACUAUAGGCUCAGGUAUACAUGUUUGUGUUCCUGACCCUAUAGUGUUCCUUUAAGAUGCAUGAGAAAGAGUUGUUUACAUUUAUGUUUGUAUUAAUAACGCAGUGCCUAUAAAGUAUGUAGUUUGUUUGGGGGUGGGGGGGUUAAAAAAAAUAAAUAAUAAAAUAUAUAUAUAUAUAUAUAUAUAUAUAAUAAAAUAAAAAAGCUUUUCUUUAAACUGUCCUUGCUCCCAUGCCAUUAAAGAUUCAAAAUAGUUUUUGAUGGAAUGCAAGGCGACCUUGAUAAUGUUGAUUGUUUAUAAACACAGCCAUACAGUAACUUGAUGGAAUUAAUUCUCAGAAAACAACCUUAUUUUAGCUUGAUGAGUAACUUCAUAAGUUUUUGUGUGUGCGCCUGCUGAAUUCUCUUGAAAAGUAUAAGAGGACUUGUGCUGUGCAGUUAGGGGGAAGCAUAGCUUAUACCUGUUCAAUAUUGUACUGUUUGGUGGAUGUUGACCAUCACUGCUGCUUCUAGAACAAAUUUAAAGGUGACAAUGACAGGGAGCUCCUUCCAUCAUAACCUAUGUAUGGAGCACAGGGAGUUCUGGUGCCUAGAGUGACUCAGGUCUAUAAGAGGAAUAUAUGUCUCACUUUACGUCUAUAGAACAUCUUACUGAGUGAGGACUCCACUGACACAGACUCUCCAAGUGAUGAAGAGGAGGAAUAUACGCUAUCUAAAGAGGAGCUGCAUGACAUGCUGAGAUUGCACAAGUAUAAAAAACUACACCAGAGCAAAUAUCAUAAGGAUAAAGAGGUAUGCUCCAUGAUGUUUACACAGAUUUUUGAUCACAGCUAAGGCCCUCUCUCUCUGUUUUUUAAAAUUAAUGUAUUUAUUAUUUAUUUAUUGGAGUGAGUUACAGUCAAAGAAAUAAAAGUAUCUGGGUGUAGCAAGCAAUCGCUCAAAGCAUCAACGAAUCUGGAUUAGAAUCUACCCCCCUUUUAUAUGCGCACAUAAGAACAAAGGAAAUGCGAUAAAAAUUAAGGCAAACUAUUAGUAAUAAGGAGCCUAUUGGGCACACAAGAAUAUAGAAAUAUCAAAGGCAAAGUAAGUCAUAAAUAGCUUAGGCUUAUAGUAAAUGCUCCAUUAACUUGGAGAUGGGGAUGAGAGUUGGGUUAUAAAACUAUGAGUACUGAUUUGAGUUUUCACAACUCGGUCCUAGCCAGGUGCAGAGGAACCAGUAGGGACAAAAACUUAUCAAUGUCCCAGGUGCGUGAUGGCAAUGAAUCCUUGGUCAGAGAUGCUGAAGCAAAACUUGAGCAGCCUCUGAUGUAAAGAUCAGCUUGUCUUUUCACCCUCCACUGUUGAUUAUCAGUAUACUGGGUAUUCCCUAUGUGUAUGAAAUUGCUCCAAGAUGGUUUAGUCACCAUCUUGAGAGAAACAUGCCACUGUAAACUGGAAUGACAUAGGCUGUACAAAAAAAUCAAGAGAGUGUUGUUAAAAAACAAAAGGAGUGUGUUGUUUGACUGCAUUGAGAAAUCAGUCCUUGUCACAUCAUGACUUGACGUAUUAAUGACAUCUUGGGACAUUGUGGGUUGAAUGUUUUGGUAGUCUAGUGAAACGGUAAAGUCAAUCUAAGUGGAAUCCUCUCCUUAUAGUAGAAAACAUGUUCUCCUGAAUCAAUAGUAUUGAGUGUACCUUGCAUUUUCAUGUAUCCUCUAGUUGUUUGCCCUUAGAGGUGAGAAGAGAGCAGGUUUUGAUUAGCUCCUGUACUUGGGCUUUUGUGGUGCUUAAAGUAGACCCCAUGGAUGUCUUCCUCUGUAGCCUUAAUUUGUUCAGUGAGAGUAUUGAAGACUACCUUCAGGAUAGCCUGAAGGCUGUAAAAAAAGGCCAUAAUGUCUAACAUUAAUUUGGAAAUGUCCUUUUUCGUGGCCAGAAUCAGGUGCCCUGGGAGCUGGUGUUGAGCUGCUCCCUCGAGUAGUCGGCAUUUCUGACAGAUUAGAGCUCUCCUCCUCUGAGGUGCUUGUUCCCACUUGUAGAAAGUCAUGUUUUGUGGGAGCAUGUUGCUAGGCAUGGUAUUUCUAAACUCGCUCCUAAAAAAUAAAAUGGAAAAUGCCUAACCCACCAGUUUGUUUAGCAACACAAGCAGAGCUUGUAGGAGAUGCACCUCUCACACGGUUUAGCUCUGCCCCAGCCAUCUCUUUUUGAUCACCUGAAUGUUUAAAAGCUUUAAUGUGUUAAAUUUUAGUGACCAUAAAUACUGUGGCAACAAAAAUCUCUUUAAACUGCAGCAACUGUGAAUAUUCAUAAUUGCAAACAUUAGAUAUUCUGUUUUUGUGUCCUUCAUUGCAGUGUAGUGGUGGGACAUACUCUCAACACUUUUGUCUUUCCCCAGCUCCAGCAAUAUCAGUAUUACAGUGCCGGCCUCCUGUCUACCCAUGAUCCUUUUUAUGAGCAACAACGUCACUUCUUGGGGCCCAAAAAGAAACGAAUCAAAGAGGAGAAGAAAUUUAAAGGUGAACUGAUAUGCUUUUGUCAAAAACAGGAAGGUGUACAAUACACCAACCAGAGAAGUGGAGCGUGUAAGGUGUACUAUAGGACACACCUACCCUUUGUUGAGACGUUGGUAAGGUGUAGGUGUAUCGUAAAGUACACCUUACACGGUCCACUUCUAUGGUUGGUGUAUUGUACACCUUCCUGUUUUUGAUUGUUUGCUCUCACGUGUGGGGUGGAAUAGGGAGAUAUCAACCUGAGUGUAGUAGCGUGUGAACUUGUUAUAUUUUUAUAACUGUACCUAAGCGUCUAAAUAUUCACAGAGCACUUUGUGUUUUUCCUGAUAAUCCUUUGUACUUGCUAAGCAUACUAAAUUCCUGAGUUACAGGUUUACAUUUUAAUGAUUUUAUUUAUAUUUUACUAAAUUUUUGCAGAGGUAUUAUGAAUGGUAUUAUGAAUGGGAUAAAGAACAAAAAUACUAGUCUUGAGUCUCAUUAAAUGUGGGGAGACUCAGCUGUUGCUGGAUUCCUCACAAUUGAGGGAUUCCAGCAAUAGACUACCCAAAUCUCCCCAAGGAAUCUGAUCACAGCAGUGAUUGGACACCAACUGGCAUAGGGGGAGCACUUGUCACUAUUGCGAAAUAUACCAGGCCAUUGAUGGAUGUCUAAAAAAACACGAGACAUCCGGCAAUAGUUUUACAGAGCCUGCUCCUGCCUUGUAUUGCUGUGUCAAGUUGUUACAUGAUCCAGUGCCUGUCAGAUCUUGCUGCAGGAAGGCUCUGUCUGUUGCUAGACUACUUCACAGUUUCUGAUUGGACCACAGGCCUACUGAUCACACUGAGAGCCAAUGACAGUAAUGACAUACCUUAUCUUUCAGCUAAGGAACACUAUGGGACAGGGGAGAGGGUGGUAAGGAACACUAUGGGACAGGGAAGGUGGUGGUAAGGAAUACUAUGGGACAGGGGAGGGGGUGGUAAGGAACACUAUGGGACAGGGGAGGGGGUGGUAAGGAACACUAUGGGACAGGGGAGUGGGUGGUAAGGAACACUAUGGGACAAGGGGGACAGGGAGUGGGGAGUGGAAGAACACUAUGGGACAGGGGGGGGUGGAAGAAUCACAUGGACAGGGGGUGGGACAUGGGGUGGGGAAACACCAUGGGACAGAAGAACACCAGGGUGGGGUGGAAGAACACAUGGGGGUGGGGUGGAAGAUGGACAGGUGGGGCUGGAAGAACACCAUGUGGACAGGGGGUGGGAAGAAGAACACACAGGGGUCAUGGACAGGGGUGGGGUGGAAGAACACCUAUGGACAGGGUGGGUGGAAGAACACCAUGGGAAAGGGGUGGAAGAACACACUAUGCGAAAGGGGAGGGGAGGGGGUGAACACUAUGGAAAGGGGGGGGAGGGAAGAACACCAUGGGAAAGGGAGGAGGGUGGAAGAACACUAUGGGAAAGAGGGAGGGGGUGGAAGAACACUUGGAAGAUGGGAAAGGGGAGGGAGGGUGGAAGAAACACCAUGGAAAGGGGAUGGAAAGAACACUAUGGGGAGGGGUGGAAAAGAAACACUAUGGACAGGAGGGGGGAACUAUGGAACACGGGACAGGGAGGGGGGGUGAAAGAACUAUGGGACAGGGAUGGUGGGGGGUGAAAGAACACUAUGGACAGGAGGGGGGUGAAAGAACACCAUGGGACAAGUGGAAGAACACUAUGGGGGGAAGAACACCAUGGGACAGGGGGGGGAAAGGUGGGGUGGAAAAACCACAUGGACAGGGGGAGGGGGUGGAAGAAACACUGGGGGUGAGGGAGGGUGGAAGAACACUAUGGACAGGAGGGGGAAGGGACUGGAAGAACACUAUGGGACAGGGAGGGGGGUGAAGAACACCAUGGGAGGGGGGGUGGAAGAACACUCAGGCAGGGGGGGUGGAAGAACACUAUGGGACAGGGGAGGGGGGGUGGAAGAACACUAUGGGACGGGCUGGAAGAACACUAUGGGACAGGGGGUGGAAGAACACUAUGGGAUGGGGGGUGGUUGAAGAGCACUAUGGGGGAGGGGGUGGAAGAGCACUAUUGGGGGGAAGAACACUAGGGGGGGAGAGAGGAACAUUAAUGGGGGGGCACCAAGAUACAGGGGAGGGAAGGGAAAAGGCAUCUGCAUCUUUUUUUUUUUCUGUUAUUAACUUAUUGUUAUUGCUUGUGUUAUGUAAAAAACAAUCCAUGUCAACCAGCCUUGAAUGUGCCUUUAAUACCAGGUGGUCACUGAAAUGGAAUCUCUACAGUUUUUCACUGUCUGCUUAAUCAACCCAGUGUCUAUUACUUUUUCUAAAAUGGGCUGCAAGGGGAUUUUGUGCAACAGCCUUGCAUCCUGAUGCCAAGAGCAUUUUAGAAAAUCCUGGAGCAUGUGGGGGUUGGAGAAGGAAGCAGAUUGGGGUCAUGCAAUGCCAAAGCAUACUUAACAACAAGCUGGCUUAUAUGGAAACCUGUUCUGCAAAGCCCAGGAAGGGCAGAUACAUUUAUUUUAUUCACAGUUUGAUUUUUAAAUAAUACAAGCACAUCCGAAAACAGGUCUAAUUGUGUUCAGUUAUGUUAUUGUUUCAUUAUGAUGAGUUGCAUUAUUUUAGGCUUACUGACUGCUGACUUAAAGCAUCCUGGUUGUAGCUUAAAUGUUAAAGACGUAUGUGAAUUUGUUAUAUAUAUCACUUAGUGGUUGGAGGUAAUAGAGACUCUGUGUUAACAACAUUCAUUCAAAAUUGUUAAUACCUUUGCACAUACAGCACAAAAGUAAAAUACCAAGGCUGUUGCUUGGUUGCAGGUUUGUCCCACAUUUAGAACACCUAAAGGUAUGUUGGUUUUUUAAAAAAGCAUUGCUGUCUAUCCGGCUGUCUAAACAUUCCUUUCCCUCUAAAUCUCCUUAUCUUUCUAAAUGGUUUAUUAAGAGGUGACAAGAAUGCUAAUAUAAUUAAACAAUUUUACUUAUAAAGUCAUGUGAAUUCAUGAAUUGUCAUUCUUAUGUUUCUUCCUUUGUGCACCUGAAGCCAAGUUAAAAAAGGUGAAGAAGAAAAGACGGAGGGAAGAAGACAUAUCUGAAGAUGAGCUGCCACGUCGACACCACCACCAUGCCAAAGUGUUUGCUAAGUUCUCCCACGAUGCCCCUACACCUGUGGGCAAGAAGAAACACCUGACACUUGAACAACUAAAUGCUCGUCGCAGAAAAGUCUGGCUUACUAUUGUCAAGAAAGACUUACCAAAGGUAAGUGUGGAAUAUCCAGCUUUCUCAGUCUGUUCAAUUUAACAAAGAAUGGGAGACUAUGUAAAAUCUCCAAUUCAAUCAUUCUGAAGCUAUCAAGGAGAACGAAUCAAGUAUGUAUUAGAAUGCUAUUUAUUUAAAGUAAUGAUAAGUCAAACAGUGUAUAUUAUGGAAUGUUUGUUAACCUUUUCUUCUUUACUUUUUUGCAGGCCUACAAGCAAAAGGUUUCAGCACGCAACUUAUUGAUAACAAAUAGUAAAAAGGUAAACAAUACUUUUUUUUUAAAUCAUCUGAUCUGAGGUAACUUAUUUUAUUUUUACUUAUAGAAGUUAUUAAGAACAUGCUGUCCAUUCUUUGUUUUAUGUACACUGAACAAAAUUAUAAACUUAACACUUUUGUUUUUGCCCCCAUUUUUCAUUAAGCUGAACUCAAAGAUCUAACACUUUUUUGUGUACAUAAAAGGCCUAUUUCUCUCAAAUAUUGUUAACAAAUCUGUCUAAAUCUGUGUUAGUGAGCACCUCUACUUUGCCGAGAUAAUCCAUCCACCUCACAGGUGUGGCAUAUUGAGAUGCUGAUAAGACAGCAUCACAGGUGUGCCUUAGGCUGGCCACAAUAAAAGGCCACUCUAAAAUGCGCAGUUUUAUUGUAUUGGGGUGUACGAAAACCAGUCAGUAUCUGGUGUGACCACCAUUUGCCUCAUAUAGUGCAACACAUCUCCUUCAUAUAGAGUUGAUUGUGCCCUGUGGAAUGUUGGUCCACUCCUCUUCAAUGGCUGUGCGAAGUUGCCAGAUAUUGGCAGGACCUGAAAUACGCGGUCGUAUACGCCGAUCCAGAGCAUCCCAAGCAUGCUCAAUGGGUGACAUGUCUGGUAAGUAUGCUGGCCAUGCAAGAUCUGGGACGAUUUCAGCUUCUAGGAAUUGUGUACAGAUCCUUCCAACAUGGGGCCAUGCAUUAUCAUGCUGCAACAUGAGGUGAUAGUUGUGGAUAAAUAGCAAAACAAUGGGCCUCAGUAUCUCGGUGCAUUCAAAAUGGCAUCAAUAAAAUGCACCUGUGUCCAUAACAUAAGACUGCCCAUGCCAUAACCCCACCGCCACCCCACUGCUCACCCACAUGACGACAUACAUGCUGUCUUCCAUCUGUUCUGUACAGUGAAAACCGGGAUUUAUCCGUGAAGAGAACACCUCUCCAAAGUGCCAGACACCAUCGAAUGUGAGUAUUUGCCCUGCAGUCAGUUCGAGACCCCAAUGAGGAAGACAAGCAUGCAGAUGAGCUUCCCUGAGACAGUUAUGCAAAACAAUUGUUGCAGCAGCUGUCUGGGUGGCUGGUCUCAGACAAUCUUGGAGGUGAAGAUGCUGGAUGUGGAGGUCCUGGGCUGGUGUGGUUACACGUGGUCUGCGGUUGUGAGGCUGGUUGGAUGUACUGCCAAAUUCUCUGAAACACCUUUAGAGACAGCUUAUGGUAGAGAAAUGAACAUUCAAUUCACAGUAAACAGCUCUGGUGGACAUUCCUGCAGUCAGAAUGCCAAUUGCACUCUCCCUCAAAACAUGCGACAUCUGUGGCAUUGUGCUAUGUGAUAAAACUGCACAUUUUAGAAUGGCCUUUUAUUGUGGCCAGCCUGAGGCACACCCGUGCAAUAAUCAUGCUGUCUAAUCAGCAUCAUGAUAUGCCACACCUGUGAGGUGGAUGGAUUAUCUCAGCAAAGGAGAAGUGCUCGAUUUAGAUUUAGACAGAUUAGUGAACAAUAUUUUGAGAGAAAUAGGUAUUUUGUGUACAUAGAAAAAGUCUUAGAUCCUUGAGUUCAACUCAUGAAAAAGGGGGGCAAAAACAAGUGUUGCGUUUAUAAAGUUGUUCAGCGUACAUUAAGAAACAUUUUCAUUGUUCCUCACUUUAUCUUUCUGUUUUUUUAAAACAUUUUUUUGGAAUACAGUCUCCCAACAAUUCUUACCCUCAUUUUCCAUUUAGUGCAAGUAUUGUAAGAAGGGCAUGGGAAAAAACAUCUUAAAUCUGAUUGCUAUCAGUAUUAUAUUCUUGAUUUCUGGUUAAAAUAAAAUAAAUUAUGGAGUUUUUUGCAUAUUUUCCCUGGCUGUUCUUUUCAUGUUGUCACUGUUGCUUUCAGUUGGCACACCAAUGCAUGCGGGAAGUGCGCAGAGCUGCUAUCCAGUCCCAGAAAAACUGCAAGGAAACUUUACCUCGUGCACGGAGGCUGAGCAAGGAAAUGUCGCUAUACUGGAAAAAGUAUGACAAGGUGGAAAAGGAGCACCGGAAACGAGCUGAGAAAGAAGCCUUAGAGCAACGGAAGCUUGAUGAAGAAAUGAGAGAGGUAUGGAGGGCCACUUAUUUUCUAAACAGAUUUUGCAAUUGGUUGACAGAAGGAAAAUACCAUUUUGCUAAGUUCAUUCCAACAUAAUCUCUCAAAUCCAACUAGCUAGCCACACUUUUAUAUGACGUAUAUAAAUUAUGUGGAAUGAUGUACCUCUCUUCCAGAGGGAACCUGCUUGACGUUUUGGCUGAGCACAACCCUUAUGGGAGAAAACAGCCUGGUAUUCAAAUGGUAUAGGUUCUUUCUGUAGUAUCACAAUUAGACUAAAACUUGCUUGAGAUUCAAGUAGGAACUAAAUAAAGGGCAAGCUAUUACAUUUUCAUCAAUCUCUGUUUUCUAUACAUUCAGUUCUUCUGAUCUUAGAAAUCUGUGCAAUCAAUAGUUGGUGAUGGUCGUAUACAGCUUGAGAUAGGAAUGCAGGGAAUGUUAUUAAUUAGAACAUACCUAUACAGGUUGUGUCAGUAUAUAUGUAUGUAUACGGUCUACUACUCGUGUUUUUAUUUAUUUAUUUUCUGUUACUUUAUUUUAUUCAGUUUUGCCGAUAACUGCUUAUCUUCUGCCUCUUUCAUAUUUAAUUUCAUCCAUAAUAACUCAGGCAUGCAUUGCUCUGUCAGGUGUUUCUGGACCCCUUAUAACACCAUGUAAUAUGUUUAAAGAGACACUGUCAGCACCAAAGCAAUGUUACCUCAUUAAAUUGGAUAUGGUACCUGUUGAGCAGUGUAAUAAGGGUCACUGGCCACCAACAGCUAAUCUUCUACAGGAGAGAGGCUGGCGAUUACAAACUUUCUUCUAGCCAUACUAAAUCAUACUACCAGUUGGCUCUGUAAUAUUCUGAAAGUGGUCAGUUCGUUCAGCAUUACAACUUUAAAAACAUUGAAAACUGAAUGGAGGCUGGUGCCAGAGAAUUUAAGUCACUAUAACCACUUCAAUCAGGUGAAGCAGUGCCUUCAGUGUCCCUUGAAACAACAAGUUUCUUUAACAUAAUUACUGGUUUUGUACGGUCAUUUCCUCUGUGAAAUUUUGCUGAACAUCUGCGUUCCAUUGGUUUCAGGCUAAGAGACAACAGAGGAAACUAAACUUCCUGAUAACGCAGACAGAACUCUAUGCUCACUUUGUCAGUCGCAAGCGGGGAUCUGGUCCAGAUGGGAUACAAGAGGAAAUUCUGCGCAAACUGGAUGAUGGUUCACCUCAAAGGCAAAGUAGUGCAGGAGGCGCCAGCAUAAGCUUCACUCAAGAAGAUUAUGGUAUAACAAUACAGUAUCCCUUGCAUCGUUACUCGUAUUAUAGUCUUUGGUGUUAAAGAUGUUUUGUAGGCUUUUAAAUUAAGAGAUAAUUCAGCUGAAAUGCCAUCUUUGUGUGAAAAUGUAUUAUUUUUGUUUAAAUCAAUAAUAUAUUUUUUUCCCCGCCUCAUUAAAUAGUAUUGCAGAAUUUGUAAGGGUAGAAGUUAUAGGAACACAAUUGCGUUAGGAAUGCAAACCUGUAUUCCUAACGCAACAUUGUCCCUGUCCCUAAUUAGAUACACUUCCGUCCUCAUUAUAUUUUAUAAAUUUUUAUUUAACACACACACUCAUACCUAAUCUUGUUUUUAAUUUGCUUUUAUGUCAUAUUUUUUUCACAAAUGAUAAAAAUAAAUAAAAGCUAUAUACUAUGCAGAGGGUGCGUAUUUGUGAUUUUCUUAAAUGUAUUUUUAACUCUAUAACUGAUGUGUUUUAGUGUUAAGAGUAUCACUAAUCACUUUAUUUCUGUUUAUGUUUAAGUGCCCUCUACAUACCAUACAAAUUAAUACAAUAAAUGUUUCUCAUUUUAUUCCUGCGUCAAGGCUCCCUUGGCACUGCUCACCUCUCCACCACACACACAUCAUCAAGGAAUCAUGUCCUCCUCUGGCAAUUGUCCAAUCCAGAGCUCCUCAUAGAGGUGCAGUAGGGGCCUGGUGUGCAACAAUUACCAUGCACACAUCCAAACUUUAGCACAGGAAAAAAUGUUUUCGAUAUUUUACAUGAUUAGUGCAGGGGAAGAGCAUCUUGAAUCACUUUUUAAUGUAAAAUAAAAGUAAAAUUUUUUUAAAGGACAGGUCCAAUGCACCCAGACCUUUGUUAUGAAGUGGUCUGGUGACCCUAGUGUAACUAUUAGUACGAACCAUAUUUCUAAAUGGCACAACUUGGAUAGUUAAGCACUGCCAUCUUGAGGGCUCAUUCUUCCAUAUUUCUUCACUCAUGUGGUCCUUUGUUUUUAAUAUGCCUUGCUGGUGCAGACAAACAUCUCAAACAGAUUCCACAUAAGCAUUUGUAAAUGUCACACGGAUACCAUAUACACACAUCAUGUAUACAAACAUGCAUUCCUUACAUAAAGAUUUACACUUUUCACACACAUCUUAAUAGCAUAAAUAAUUUUAAAAGCUCUGUUGGGUUUCUGUUUGUUUGUAAUGCGAUUUUGUUAUAUGCGUUUUUAGACAUUGAAUAUUUCAAGUCUCAGGCACUGAAGAAUGCAGAAGAAGCAUUUAGGAUACACCAGGCUCAGGUGAGUCAUGCACUUAGUUCAGGAGUAUUUGCCAUUUACCUGAACUGCUUAAAUGUGUUUGUUUCACAUGUGAAUUAUGUGAAUAUCUUCUUUAUGCUAGCAGCACCUCUUUGCCAGGGCACGUUGGUUUUAUUCACUUAAUAAAUUUUAGUGAAAUGUAAAGACAUAGUGAAGAAUUUGGGUUUUAAGGCACAUGCACUGCAAUUGCCACACUCUCAGUCUAUCGUUUCUCAUAGAGAAGAUUUGGUUUUAAUGCCUCACUGUUUUCCAUAAGUGAGGCAGGAAACAAUCCUGGCUAUCUGUUUGACAGCCAAGAGGGUGCAACAAAGUGCACAUUUGUCUUGUAAUCAGAAAAUGUCUAAUAUAAGACAAAGGUGUUUUUUAGUUAAUGUCUGAAUUACUUUAGCAGGCAUACUCUGAUGCUAAGAACUCAUGAAUGUGUAAUUGUCUAACAUGUGGCUACUUCCCUCUCUAGACAAGGGCAUUUGAUGAAGAUUCAAAGGAGAGCCGUGCAGCAGCUCUGCGAGCAGCCAACAAGCUGGAGUGUGCAUUUGGGGAGAGUUACAGUCUGGCCAAUCCUUCAAUAAGGGCAGGAGAGGAGAUUCCACAGCCCACCAUAUUUAAUGGCAAACUAAAGGGCUAUCAACUUAAAGGCAUGAAUUGGCUUGCCAAUCUAUAUGAACAGGUAUGAUGAUCUUAGUUUCUUUUAAAGAGUCUCUCCUAGCACACAAUUUUUUUUUUUUUUUUUAAACUAACAUACAGACUGUACAUGGUCUUAAAAUAUUUAUGUAUUUAAAAGUAGAAUGCUUUACCCCCGCUCUGUACUCUUCUGUAAUCAGAUAGACUGUACUGAACAUAUAGUCUUAUACUUGGCACUAUGAGUGCAGCAUGUUUACAUAUAUAUUUUUUAUUUUUUUUUCAAUGUGCAAGGAUAUUGUCAAAAUAAAAUAUUCAUCAGUAACUAGAGAGAUAUCCUUCAAAUAACAACUAUAUGAUAGCCUGCAUAUUUUUAGAUAAUAAAAUAAGACGAAGGGUACCGCAGUGCUUGUGGAUUGUAUCUGAAGAAAAGGAAAUAUAUGCACUGAUUUCAGAUUAAUGUUUGGAAAAUCGAAAAAAAGCAUGAAUUAAAACUAUAGAUAAGAAAUAAUUUGUGUAACAUCUGCACUGGUAGAACAGAGUAAAUUGCAAUGCUUAACAUAUCUAUUAAAGACAGGAGUCUCCCUUAGACUAUGACAAUAUUAUGUGUAAAGUGUCCCUGAUGUGGCCUGAGACUAGUCAAUACCCAGUUAGUGGAUUAGUGCCCCCAGUCUGUAAUGGCAACAAGAGAUUGUCCACCCCUCCAGCUAUGAUUAUCUGCAAAGCUUGAGUAAAGUCUGGGGGCCUCCAUUGAUCAAAUACAACAAUGCCCAACUGGUAAUACCCUAAUAUAUUGAACUACUUACAGAUGACUUCUAUAUACUCUGCUUAAUUCAUUACAAAACUUUAAAAUUUUAGUUUUCUUCUCCUUACUCAGUCUAGACUAACGCUUACAGGUAUCAAAAUCUAAAGUCAGCACAAAAGUCAAACUUUGUGAACCACGAGGUGUGACCGAGCAAUUCUGUUUUGAAGGUUAAGCUCAAGUGGCCCUCUCAUGACCACUGAAAAGUCCUGUAUCUUAGUGACUAAGUCGAAAAAUGACACUCAGUCGCUGGGUUUCAGCAAAGUUUGGCAAUAAAUGCAGGAGUUGUAUUGAUAUGCGUCUGCUCAGUAGUGAGGCUCCAUCCCUUAUAUAUUUUUAUAUAUUUCUGGAUCAAAAUCACAAAUUUUCUUUUAAAUUCUCCAUAUGAAAACAAUACACUGAUUGUACAGUAUGUGUUUUAGAAGGGUAAAUUAAUUUCUAAAUAUAAAUAAAUUUGUAUUUGUCUCAGAAAUCUAUGAAUGCUAUCAGGGAUCAAUUAAAAGCAGUAAAUUGUGACAUCUUUCAUACUCUUAGCCUAUAUCACCUACUUUUGCAGCCAAUAAUCAGUGCCUAUUAACACUUUGCGUUUUCUUUCUUUUUUUUUUUUACCCCAAAAUCUAAAGGGUAUUAAUGGCAUCUUGGCUGAUGAGAUGGGCUUGGGUAAAACUGUGCAGAGCAUUGCACUUUUGGCUCAUCUUGCAGAGGUAAGGACAUCUACUACAUAGCACAAAACAAAUACUUUCAUCUUAAGUUGCAAUGCACAAAAGCAAGGAUUUUUUUAAAUGUAAAAAUAUUUAAUUUCAGCGAGAAAACAUUUGGGGUCCCUUUCUAAUCAUUUCACCUGCUUCUACUCUCAACAACUGGCACCAGGAGUUCUCAAGAUUUGUACCAAAAUUCAAGGUAAGGCAGUUGUAUACACAUUGGGAUGGGUUGAAAUGUAUUUGAGAUUUUUGACAUACUUCAACAUUAAGCAGCCCGAAGUAUGGGUCACUGUUAGAGGAGGAGUUGGGUCACUGUUAAAGGAGAAGGAAUAUUUCACUUGUAUGGAAGCAUUUUAUAUGUUGUACUUGAACCAUACUACUUAUUCAAUAUUGCUGUCUAUUUUCUUUACUGAAAAUACCAAUUAAUUAAACACCAAAGAAACAUAGACCUUGAUUUUAAAUAUUUUUGGAUAAGCUUUCAAAUGUAUGUAAUAUUUUUGGCUAUAUUUUUUAGUGAUUUAAUAUUAUGAACAUAAUUCAAUUUUGUAAUGCUUUGAUAGUUUUGAUUUAUUGAUAUAUAGAGUGUGUGUGUCUCUCUCUCUCUCUCUCUCUCUCUCUCUCUCUCUCUCUCUCUCUCUCUCUAUAUAUAUAUAUAUAUAUAUAUAUAUAUAUAUAUAUAUAUAUAUAUAUAUAACAUUUAUUUUGUAUUUUGAAUAACUAAUUUUAAAAGUUUAUCAAAGAAAAUAUUAACUCAUUUGGAAAUGUUACCCAUCAGUAAUAAGUUAUGGGUGUAGUUUGCAAAAUAAGUUAUUUGCUGUUUGAUUUUCAUAAUUAAUUUCUGUGUUCUUAAUUUCACUUAUGAUGCAUUUUCCUUUCCCAGGUACUACCUUAUUGGGGUAACCCCCAUGAAAGGAAGGUAAUCAGAAAGUUUUGGGGUCAGGUGAGUUGUGGUUUAAAUUAAAAUCCUUUAAAUUGACAAGCAACAGUUCAUGUGACCAUUUCUGUAAGCGUGACUUUCCUAAACUCUUUAUUCUUGUUUCGCUAGGCAAUAUUAAUACUAGCCAAGCCUGAAGACAGCUGUUUGACAUGUAAUAGAUAAGAUUUUAAGACGCAACAUAUUUAAGGAUAGUUUAUCUUAAAUCUCGUGAACACUGGGAUUUUUAUCUUAAAGCAACACUGUAGUGUUAGAAUACAAAUCUGUAUCCCCAACCCUAUAGUAUCCCUGUCCCUUAUUAGUUUCAGCCGCCUCCAUAUACUGUAAAAAUGAAUAAUUUUACUCCUCUUUUCUUCAGUGCCGAGUCCCCUUCAAGUGGUGUCAUCUUGGGCACUGUAGGCGCAUGUACGAUACCUGCUGCAAUGUGCCUGUGAUUAUGCCAUAGUGAAUCAUUCCAGCCACAAUUCUCUAUGACAUGGUAUGCCCGGGUAUGAGAGCCAGAAAGUAACAGUCCUGGCUUUCCUACUCAGAGGAUUUGAAGGUGUGGCUUGAGUUUCACUUCCAUGCUUGAUCUAUUAAAAUACAACAUUUGGGGGUUAGUACUAAAGGUACUAAAUAACAAGAACACCGUAAGCAGUAUAACGACUUUAUCAUAUGUAACUUAUUACUGCACUGAUGGCUACGUACGUUCAGCAUGUUUUUCAUUAUUGCAUACUUGUUCAAGCUUAAUAUCUAUCUAUCUGUGUAUCUAUCUAUCUAUCAUUGAUUGCACUGGCUUUGACUUUCUGUGCAUCUGAACAAAUAGAGCUACUGCUGUAACAGUCCAUCACCUUUUAUUCAAUAAUUCAUUUAUUUUUCUCCAAAUUGUUAUUUUUGCUAUAGUGAAUGAUUGCAGCAGAAGACACUGUUUGCGUCUUGGACUGCUUUUAUACCAUAAUGUGCUUUUUCUUUAUUUAAAGUGACAUUCUAAGCUCCAAAAUAGUUUUAUCUGAAUUCAGAAAGCCACUAAGGGCUUCUGACUAAAUUAGAUUAAAUAAUUUAAUCCACUUUACAUCCGGUGUCAGCAUGCACGUUAUCCUGACCCCAGAUACUGGGUGAGCAUCCUUUGCUUCUCUGUGGGAAGCAAUUAAAUGAAUACAGAUCAUCAAGUUUUAUGUUCUCACAAAAUAAGAAUUCGCCAUGGGGGAGGAGCCUGGAAUCUAAACUGAUUUAGGGUGUUUUUUUUUUUUUUUUGUGUGUGGUUUUUUUGUUGUUUGUUAUUUCAUUUAAGGAAGAUGUUUAUUGGUGCAAACUCUUAAACGAUAGAGAUAAAAGUCAUUGUUACAGUAUACAUAGAAGAAAUAUUGAGACAUUAAUGAUAACAUAUGUCACAUAGUAUGUAACGAUUUAGCGUGUGGGGUCACAUGAGCAAGCAGUUUGAUACAAGGGAUAUUGGUUCAAUUUCCCUGAUUUUUCAAUCCAAAGGUCAAUAUAUGCAAACAAAGUAAUAUUUCACAAACACAAGUAAAGCCAUUGCCAAAACUGUCUAACACUACACACUUAAACCUCUCUGGUAGUAUUACAGGUUAAGGAGCCACUAAACUGCUUCCUUGUGUAUAGACAGUCCUGCUGAAUGCAAAACAGACAGAACUCCCAACAUAGCACCAUGCAACGACUCAGAAGUGUAUCCACCAACAAAUACGAUAUCAAAUAAGAAAACAAUACAGUGACAGCACAUACACCUCCCUAGGCUAACGAAAACAGUGCAGUACAGCCAGUGGCUUGGUGAGAUGUGUGGAAACAGCCUCAAGCAAUCUGAUGCAAUCACAGUUAGACUACAGCAGGUUUGGCAAUAUGUUAGGCCAACAACAAUAUUAAGCGGCUUCUAGUUUACCUAAACCAAACAUCCAAAUUCAUUGGCUUGCCCCCUUAAGUGAAAAUAUUGGUGCUCAUAAAGUAUUUUUGUGAUAAAUUCAUUUUAAAUUGAUUAGGCAGCUAUAUGCAAUGUCAAUCUGCAGUUGCUAAGGCCAGUAAGAUUUUGUCAUGUAUAAAUAGGGGCAUAAAUUCUCGGGAUGAAAAUAUAAUUUUGCCUCUUUAUAAAUCGCUGGUAAGACCACACCUUGAAUAUGCUGUGCAAUUUUGGGAGCCUGUUCUAAAGAAGGAUAUCAUGGCACUGGAGAGGGUCCAGAGACGAGCUACAAAAUUGAUAAAAGGAAUGGAGCAUUUUAGUUAUGAAGAAAGGUUAAAAAAAUUAAAUCUGUUUAGUUUGGAAAAACGGCGCCUGAGAGGGGAUAUGAUAACUUUAUACAAAUAUAUUCGGGGCCAGUACAAACCUUUAUCUGGAAAUCUAUUCAUAAACAGGGUUAUACAUAGGACAAGAGGUCACACAUUUAGGCUGGAAGAAAGGAGAUUUCAUCUAAGGCAAAGAAAAGGUUUUUUUACAGUAAGAACAAUAAGGAUAUGGAAUUCUCUGCCUGAAGAGGUGGUUUUGUCAGAGUCCAUACAGAUGUUUAAACUGAAAUUGGAUAAAUACUUACAAAAACAUAACUGACUGCUAUUUUGGGGUCAAGAAGGAAUUUUUUCCUAGUUUGUGGCAAAAUUGGAAUUGCUUCAGACCAGGUUUUUUGCCUUCUUUUGGAUCAACAGCAACAACAUUUGUGAGGAAGGCUGAACUUGAUGGACGCAAGUCUCUUUUCAGCUAUGUAACUAUGUAACAUUGCAGAAUGUUUUUGAAACGAAAAUCAAGAUUUGUGGUUUGUUAAUCAUGGAUACCCACUCUUGUUCUUGCAGAAGACUUUGUACACACAAGAAGCUCCUUUUCAUGUGGUUAUCACAAGCUACCAGUUGGUGGUGCAAGAUGUGAAAUACUUCCAGCGGGUGAAAUGGCAAUACAUGGUGCUAGAUGAAGCCCAAGCUCUGAAAAGUAGUUCCAGGUAAGACAAGCAACAUACUUUAUUUUACAUAUGCAGCUCCAACAUAUUUUGUGUUUGAGCUGUGUUAAUCUUUGCGGCAAAUUUAAAUUUAGUUUUAGUCAUAGUCUUUUGACUAAAAAGCCAUUUUAAUUUUAGUCAUCUGAAUUAUUUUAGUUAUAGUCUAGUUUUAGUCGACUAAAUCUACUGGAGGUUUUAGUCAACACCACUAAAAUCCUAAUGGGUUUAGUUAAAGGAUCACUAUAGUGUCAGGAAAACAAACUUGUUUUCCUGAUACUAUAUAUCCCUUAGGUCCCCCCUCCCUUUGGCACUGAAGGGGUUAAAACCCCUUCAGUUACUUACUUUAAUCCAGCGCCGGGCUCCCUCUGCGCUGGUGAUCUCUCCUCCCACUCCGAUGUCAGCUCCCGAGUGGAGCGGAAUGCGCAUACGCGGCUAGAGGCGCGUGCAUUAAAAACGCCCAUAGGAAAGCAUUUCUCAAUGCUUUCCUAUGGACGUUCUGCAUGCUGAAUGCGAUUUUCACAUUCAGCAUCGCAGAUGCGCCUCUAGCGGCUGUCAGGAAGACAGCUACUAGAGGCUGGAUUAACCCUGCAAUGUAAACAUAGCAGUUUUUCUGAAAGGGUUAAAACCUGGGGGACCUGGCACACAGACCACUUCAUUGAGCUGAAAUAGUCUGGGUGACUAUAGUGGUCCUUUAAAGCCUCUGUCUCUUUUGCCCUUUCCCCAGCCCCUCUAUGUCUCUUUGUAUCCUCCCAGCCCCUCUAGGUGUCUCUCUACCAAGCCCUGGUCUGUCUCUUUUGCCCCUUCCACAGUCCCUCUGUGCAGUGUUAAUUUUAGCGUAAAAUUUCCAUUUAGUUUUAGUAAUUGUCUUUUGACUAAAAAGCCAUUUUAGUUUUAGUCAUAUUUUAGUCAUCUGAAUUGUUUUAGUCAACUAAAUUGCAAAAACUUUAGUUGACUAAAAUUUUACUAAAAUUGUUAUCCGACAAAAUUAACACGGUUUCUGCGCAAUAGGUUAAUGAUAAAUAUAACAAUUUUUUUGAGGUUUUCGUCCACGUGUGGAGCUAACUGAAGCGGCCGUGGUGGUAGGAUAGUGUGCACCUAUUCCCUCCCCCACCCCCAUUGGAAAUGUACGAUUGCAUGUGCAAUCGAAGGAGGGGAGAGGAAGUAGAAUGUUACAAACACAUAACAAAGGUGUUUAAAAACCCUCCGUUACAAAUGCACAUCAUCUCAAAAGUACCUAUGUCACUAAGAGGUUAAAUGCAAUUAAUUUAGCUUUGUAAAUGCGGCCUUUAAUCUAUGUAUGUAUGUAUGUAAGUAAGUAUAUGUAAAUUUUUCUAUACAACGGACACUUUCCAAUAUGUGAAAUGAUCUGUAUUGUUAUGUUUUUUUGUUUGUUUUUUUGCAUAGUGUCCGGUGGAAGAUCUUGCUGCAGUUUCAAUGUCGAAACAGACUUCUGCUUACUGGAACUCCCAUCCAAAACACAAUGGCUGAGGUGGGUGUGCAUUGUAUUAUAGGAAGUACAGAUAUUAAAAAUAUAUUUUGGUCAGUAGACUGAAUCCACCCUAUAUUACAGCAUCCUAUCAGUGCAGGCUCGGUUUUAGUUUCGAAUCUUGGCUUUGCAAAUAUGCCAGUUUAAUAUAUGUUAUCAAAUUACUAGGAGUUGGCACAUCUCUCUUUAGAGGAGCAGUGCGGAGGACAUAGUGUGUUCAUAGUUCAUAAGGACAAAAAAAUAUUAAUCCAGCAGAAGUAAUAGGAGAGUUAAAGGUUUUUAACUUGUAUAGAAGCAGUUACUUUAACAACUAAACUUGAGUUGAAAAGCUGUAGAAUAGUCAGAAGUCCGGUCCGAAUCAGGGAUAGAAGAUUCAGGUUGGUAUAAGCAGGGGUUUGGUACACUUAGAUUUACAGAAGGAACUCAGUCAGCAACUUUGUCUCGCUUAGCAACAAAUUAACUGAGCGAUUUCAAAGUUGCCGUGGCUGCCUUUUAAAGGGGCUGUGUCUCAUGUCAAAUGAUGGGUGGAGUCGAUUGGCGAAACCCGGAAGUGUCUCCGAGGGAGUUUUGCCGAUCGGUAAGUAUGACAAGGAGAUGCUGAUUGGCGGAGUGUUUUGGCACACCUACGCAAUAGCCUUACAAUUCACAUAUGGGAAAGCAUUAGUUUGGCUGAGAUCAUCAAUGCCGAUGCAACAAUAAAAAAAAAGGUAAGUAAAGCUGCCUUUUAACUGCAAUCUGAGGAAGGGUCAGACACCUAAACAGCCACUCCAGCACUACAGUGUUGGGAAUACAUGUUUAACACUAUAGUGUUCCUUUAAUGGCCUCUGGCCAAGAAACUAAAACUAGGACCAACAUAACCAAUAACUGCAGGGUCAACAUAGCUGCUUUAUUUAUUUUUUAUUUUUAGAGCUGCCAGUGAAGCUGUAGGAGGUUCAUCUCUAGUUAACAUAUAUUUAGUCAUUUUUACAAAGCUAAGGCAGAUUUCCCUUUGCUUUUAAAUAAAGAACAAUGUUACAAAUGUUUUGAAUCAUUGCCUGAAGCGAGACAUGGCAUACUGGCAUGAAAAAGCGGUGAGAACUUAAAAUCUUUCUGUAAGUGAAUGUAGAAACAGAAGGUACAUGAAUUUAAUGAAAAAGGAGGAUGAUAUUGGAUAGGACCAGCUUUAGAAGAGAUAGAAAAGGAAGAGGGAAAGGCAAGGGAUAACUAAUGUUCAUGAAUCUGUAUAGGAGUGAAAGCAGUGGCGUAUACACAAUACAUGGGGCCCCAGUGCGAAACUGAUCCGUGCCCCCCCUCCACAUACACACAGACAUACCUAGGCAUACACACAAACACAUACAUACAUGCAUACAGACACACACACACAUACACAGACAGACACGUACGUACGUACGUACGUACGUACGUACAUACAUACAUACACACAACCCCGACAGAUAUACACACAGACACAUACAUACAGACACACACACACACACAGUCUGUAUGUGUGUGUCUGUAUGUAUGUGUGUGUGCGUCUCUAUGCAUGUCUGUCUGUGUGUAAUGUGUGUUUCUCUGUAUGUAUGUCUGUGUGUUUCUCUGUAUGUAUGUGUCUGUAUGACACAUAUAUACAGAGACACACAGACACAUACAUACAGAGAUACAUACAGACAUACACACACAAAAUGUUUGUCACCCUCCUGUUUCCUACCUUUUGCAGGAGGGUGACUUCCCUGGGGUCCAGUGUGGGUUCAGCCUGAUGAGAGUCAGAGUUUCCACUCUGACUCCCUGGUCUUCCUCCCGCACGAUCUGUGUGUUAGCUGGGAGGAGUGACGUGCAGUCACUUCCUUCCAGCUCUGUGUGAUGUAAUUGCAGGGGGCCCCGUCGCGCUGUUAAAGUGCCUAGCGCUGACCUGGCCCCCUGACAAUCCGUCUCCAUCGGGUGGCCCUGACAGCAUGGGCCACCCGAUGGACCCCUUAACAUGUGGCCGGCCAGGGCCACAAAAGAUGGUGGCAGCUGGUACCCGGUCGCAGGGGUCCACACGGCGGCCGGGCCCCCUGGAGUGACGAGCCCGGUCGCAGCUGCGACCCCUGCGACCGCGGUAUGUACACUGCUGAGUGUAAGCUUCGAGAAAUAGGUGGGUUUUCAGACAAGACUUUUUUCCUAAAGUGAGGAUUCAAAGUGAAUCAAAAAAUUUAGGCCAAAAUAGAAAAACGAUAGUCAGUACUGUUUUUAGUUUAGCUAUCUUGACCUGUAAAUUGGAAUUUAAGUAAAUCAUUGAGACUGUUUAUAGCUGAUCACGGUGGGGUCCCUUUAAGAGCAGAAACCUGUGUAAUGUGUAAUAAAUUACUAGGUACCAGAUUGCAUCUUAGUACAUAGUCCCUGACGAAGGUGCAUCACAAGAGCACCGAAACGCGCGUUGGGUUAUUUUGGAGGGGGGUGGGGGGGGGUGUCUUCUUUUUUUCCCCUCAUCUUUUUCACUUAUAGGGCACUCUGUCACCAUGUGCAGGCAGCCAGCAUUCUAAGCAUUGCUCUGCACAUUUAGCACACUGUUUUUUCACUAUUCACUUUAUCUCUCUCUUAUGCUUUAUACCUUCUAAUAUGUGGCAUAUUAUAUAACAGAUCCAUUUGUGGAUAUAUUUUGACUAUUCAAUAAUUUUGGACUUAGUUUAUAUGUGGCAGUUAUUUUGAUAGCUACUACUCUUAAUACAUUUUAUUUUUUGGAUUAUUUUAUAUCCAAUAUAUAGUAUCUAUUUAUACUCUUCUGCUUAUUCAGUUACUUAUGUCCCAAUAUGCUAGCAAUUGAGUACAUGGCAGUUAACAUUAUAGAUACUUUUUUGAUACAAUUUACUGAUUGAAUUAUUUUCAAUAGAUCCCACAUAUAGUAUCUAUUUAUACUUUUCUGCUUACUCAGCCUCUAAUGUUCCAAUAUGCUAGAAAUCUUGUAUUAUAUCUUAUAUAAUGCCACAGCUUGAGACUUACUAGGUAAAAGCAAGUCCUUAAUGUCUUAUAUAUUCUUUGGAUGUAUUGAUACCAGCCUGCAGUCACAGAUAUUGACCUAUGAAGAAUUAUAUAUUAAAGUCUAAACCUGUGUACUGCAGUAUCUACUUUUAGAGACAUUAGGAAGGGAGUUUUUUGCCAUUAGGCAGUUAUUUUCUACUUUCACCUGACCCAUUUUUCUAUUAUUGUAUUUUCCCAUUAUAUAUAUCUCUAUAUCUCACUUUGUAUAGAAUCAUUACUAUUCAUUAUUCCAGUGGAUACUCAGGUACUAGUUAUUUUGAGUAUCUUAUAGUAGUGCAUCUUAGUACAUAGUAUUUUAUAUUCCACCUUGUUGUUUGAUGUCCUCCUUGAUGCACUUGCUAUUGUGUCUUUAAACUCCACUCCUUUAGACAUUGGUAACAUUGUGUAAUUGUCUCAUUUAUUAAGUUUUCUCCUUUCAUAUUAUUGUAAAUCGCUGUGGAAUAAGUUGAUGCUGUGUGAAGUCAACAUCUGGAAUUAAUAAUAAAAUGAAUAACUAAAAUAACUUAAAACCACAUGCCUUGCUUUUGGCAAUUCAACAAUAUUCAAACAAAUAAACAAUAAAUAUACAUUUAAAUAGGCUACUAUAUGUUACUAUUAAAACUAGUCAUUGAUUGAAUGGAAAGUAAACUAAACUAAAAUGUGGAAAUCUAUUCACAAACCGGACUUUACAUGGGACACGAGGCCAUGUGUUUAGACUGGAAGAAAGAAGAUUUCGUCUAAGGCAAAGGAAAGGUUUUUUUUUACUGUAAUAACAAUCAGGAUGUGGAAUUCUCUGCCAGAAGAAGUGGUUUUAUCAGAGUCCAUACAGAUGUUCAAACAGCUACUAGAUGCAUACUUGCAAAAACAGAUUAUUCAAGGAUAUAAUCUUUCAAUGUAGGGUAAUAACUGCUUGAUCCAAGGAUAAAUCUGACUGCCAUUCUGGGGUCAAGAAGGAAUUUUUUUCUUAGCCUGUUGCAAAAUUGUGCUUCAAACUGGGUUUUUUUGCCUUCUUUUGGAUCAACAGCAAAAAACAAAUGUGGGGAAGGCUGAACUUGAUGCAAGUCUCUUUUCAGCUAUGUAACUAUGUAAAAUUGUGAAUACAGAUACAGCUACCACUUCAUUGAUCAUCAUCUGAGAGUAAGAGGGUGUGUAUAGUGGGGAGAGGGAAUAGUGAGAGAGAUUGAGGAGAGUGAAAUAAAAAAAAAAAUAGAGAGAGAGAUAAUGUGUUGAUCACAUGGCUUUUAACAGGUUAGCCCUUCCUUCUGCUGGACACACCUCCCCCAGCCAAUGCCUUAGGAUCUAACAGAAGCAGAGUGACUCCUGGGGAAAGAGGGAUUGCACUGGAAGGGAAUGGGGUAGGAGUUUAUCAACAAUUUAAUUGGUUUUGCCUUGGGAAAGGCCAUGUGCUUAAUAUUGCCUAAGGGUAGAAUGGGCUUGAAUCCCUGUAUUAGAACACAAUAACACUUCAUUUGCAUACAGUUUGUCUGUCAAUCAGUCCCCCCACUUAUUAAACUAAAUAAAUACAAAUAAUAAUAAUAAUAAAAUAUUUUGCUUACAUUUUGAAUCUGUAAAUAUCAUAGAGUGAGACGUGUACUGGUAAAAGCCAGCAGGCGGCAGUAGAGUAGCGUGAAUGAACUUCCUAUUGUGAAUUUGAUGCCAGUAGCAACAUGUUAACGGAUACAUAUUCAUUGUCCUUGGCUUGACCUCAAAAUCACAUAAUACAUCUUACAAGAAGUCAUUCUAGUUUUCCAAGUAAAGGGACUGUAACAAUUUUUAAAAGAAAUCUUUUGGCAUGUUUUAACUUUGCCACUGUAUUGCCAAUCUGUUACAAUUAUGCAUCAAAGAAAAAUACUAAAGCUGUGAGGACUGGACAGAAAGGAGUAUGUUUGGGAUGUGAAUGCAGUGGGUAAACUGUUUCAUUAUCUGUCAAGUUUUGAGUUUCUCUAACUGAAAACACUAACAUGACCUUUUUAGUAUGAAGGAAUAGAAUUAGAUGAUCCAGUUUUCAUUGUCUGAGCUCCAAUUCUUUGUAGGUACUGUAUAAAGAGCAAUUCUGGGUUUGGCAUCAUGCAAUCAAUUGGAACAGUCCAAUGGUAGUCAUAAUAAUUACUUCACAUUAAUUAAUUAGAUUCUGUAAAGAAACAAACAUUUAAAAUAUUGUGGUUAUACAGAACGAUACCAGGCUGAUGUUUGAGCAUGCUCAGGAGCAAGUUUGAUCAAAAGGUAGGUCUCCUAAAUGAUGAUCGCUUUUAGAUAGGCAUAUUGUGUACAUCUACAACAGUCUGGAGAUUUGUCUUUUGGCCACCCUUGCUCUACAUCCCCCAUAAUGCUCUUACACCCAUAAUGCUGGCAAAGCAUCAUGGGAGGUGUAUUUCAAAACAUCUAAAGUGCUGAAAGUUGCCAAUCUCUGCUCUAGAUGAUCUAUUAAAGUUAUUCAUUGAAUUAAGUAUGUAUUGUUUGAAAAAAGUAGGAUAACAUUUCAUUGUUAUUAUCCCUCAGCUCUGGGCACUGCUGCAUUUUAUAAUGCCCACUCUCUUCGACUCACAUGACGAGUUCAACGAAUGGUUUUCAAAGGACAUAGAAAGUCAUGCAGAGAACAAGUCUGCCAUCGACGAAAGUAAGUAUCUUCUUAAAGAGUCACUAUAAGCACCAUAACUACUUCGGUGCAGUGCAGUGGUUAUGGAGUCCCCUGGUGUGGCCCUAUGGUAAAAACAUAAACCAUUUACAAGCAGGUUGGCACUUACCUCUCUCUGAUUUGGUGCUUGCACUGCUUCCAGUCUGAGCUGGUAUGGUAAAGCCAUAGUUCAGAAUUCAGCAUUAUAAUAACAGUUUGGGACAAUAUUCAUUGAUUUUUUGCAGAGAAUGUUAGCGGACAGCUCUGAACCAAUGAAUAAUGGCUCAACUUGGUAUGAUUCUUUAUUAAUAAGGUCUUGCAUUGUUGAAUCCACCCAGAGAAUCAAAUUAUUUCUUUUAAUUUGUUUGAUAAAGGUACCCAGAACACAGGUGUUAAUUUAGAUUUAUAAAAAAGUGGGGAGGUUGCAAGUGGCUCCAUGACCAUUUAAUGACUGAAACUCAAGACUGAAUAAAAUUCCUAUAUAGUCAUUCGAAAACAUAGCAUAUUUACUAGGAACCAACAAAUGUAUUAGGGUAAUGGGUUUGUGAUAUGCUUACCCUUUUUCUUUAGUCUCCUGAACCCUCUAACAGGCCAUAAUUUAAUUUAUAUGAAUUAUAUGCACUUAUAUUAAGUGUAUGGGAGUUGGGUACAAACAGAUCCCAUUUUAAUUUCUUAUUUUAUAAUUGUUUAUAACUUGUAUUAAUAUAAUCUACUACUGAUUAGAUACACCUUCUUCAGGCCUGAUACAAAAAAAUAAAAUAAAAGAUGCAAGUCCAUAAGUUUUCUACUUGGUUUUAAGCUACUCUCUAGCAACAAUAGAAUUCAUACGAAUUAUAUCUUUUUUUUUUACCCCCUGUUUUAGAUCAACUAUCUCGGUUACACAUGAUUCUCAAACCAUUUAUGCUCAGAAGAAUAAAAAAAGAUGUUGAGAAUGAGCUGUCUGACAAGGUAAACGUGCUCAUUUGAUUAAAUGGGCAUUUUGUAUAAUGUUCUCGUUUAACUGUAGACUAACAUGCUUAGAUUGGUUUUAGAUUGAAAUCAGUAUAAACAAAUGUAGUAUUUUUGGAUAGAUAGUUUCAUUCCAUACAACAAUUAAUACCUUAAUAGCCAUCACAUCUUUGUGUAAUUAUGUCCUCUGUGUCAUGUUGCACAUAACUUUCAAGAUUUUGAUGAGAGUUGCAAAACAGAAGGGAAUUCAGCUACUUGACUGUCUAUUUGUGAUUGCAGAUUGAAAUUCUGAUGUACUGCAACUUGACCAGCCGGCAGAAGCUGCUCUACCAAGCUCUGAAGAACAAAAUAUCCAUUGAUGACCUUCUCCAGUCCUCUAUGGGUACAGCCCAGCAAGCACAGAACACCACCAGCAGCCUCAUGAACCUGGUUAUGCAGUUUAGAAAGGUGAUGAUAACAUAAUGCAUGGAGCUAGUUACAAAGUGCAUAUUCGUAAUUAAAAUUUUGUAAUGGUUAUUUACAAUAGUUUUAGUUUAUUAGAAAUUAGUAGAUAUCAGUAGACUUGUGCAUGGUGGAAGAAUUUGGUUUGGCUUAAUUGAUUUGGCCAAAAACAUUUUUUCAUUUGGAUGUCGAAUUUCAUUGACGCAGCAUUUCAUCUUGUCCAUAUUGUUCCAAGUUUUCAUAUACAUGUUCAGAGAUGCAGCAACGUAGACACUUGCUUACUAAAUGACUUUGAGUUUCUGUAGCCAUCUCAUUAACUUCAUUUACCUUUAAUAGUUCAUAGACAGAAGUAGAUGAUACAAUCGUCAUAUCUCUCAUUUUUAAUAAGUGCAUAACUCUGCAUUUGUUGCAUAGUUACAUAGCUGAAAAAAGAUGUGUCCAUGAAGUUCAGGCUUUCUCACAUCUGUUUUUGCUGUUAAUCCUAAAGAUGGUAAAAAACCCAGUUUGAAGCUCUUCCAAUUUUGCAACAAACUCGGGGAAAAAAUCCUUCUUGACCCCAGAAUGGCAGUCGGAUAUCUCCCUGGAUCAAGAAGCUAUUCUUCCAGUCCAAAUGCAUGACCUCAUGUCCUAUGUAUAUAUUUUUUUGCUACGAUUAACUUCUCAAAUGUAUUGAAUGGUUAUAUUCCCAAAAGCAGAUUCAUAUAGGAUAAAAAAGCUAUGUAUAGGCUCUUUUGAGUUUCUAAAUGAUUAAAUGAACAUCCAUGGAAAACAUGAAAUUGGAUGUUACACUAGAUGCUUCCAUUAUUCAUUAUUGUUGGCAUAAAUUCACAUUCCCCCAUCCCUUUCCCCCCAAGAAAGGGAAAUUUUAAAAAAAAAAUCAUAAAAAAUCUAUUUACACUACCUGCAUCUUAUUUCUGUUUAAAAUGUAACAGUUUACACAUUAACAUAUUUGCCUGUAUAAAUAUUUUGAAAGAAGUAAGUGUUUUUAUUUGUACUUAUUCAUUUUGUACGUUCUUGAUAUUCUCAGGUGUGUAACCAUUCAGAACUCUUUGAACGUCAGGAGACCUGGUCCCCAUUUAACUGCACCAUAAAGCCGUACCAGAUUUGUAAAUUUCUCUACCGCCAUGGUAACUUGCAGAAUUUCAGCUAUUCUCGGAACCGGUAAGUACAAAAAUGAAUAAUGGGAUAUGUGGUAAUUUAAUGGUAGCAUGUGUUAUCUUGUGCAGGUCCGUAAUUCUAGAUAUGUAUGUAAUGCUUUAUUAAAAAUUAUUUUAAAAAAAUGUUUGUCAUUCCAUUAUGGAUUGUUAGAAUAUGCAAUAGUUGCUCCUGUUCUUGUCAAAUAGUUUUGUUUUAUUAUAAUUUAAAGAGAGGAAAAGCAGUACAUGUAAGUAAAUAGAAGAAUAAAAAGUUAAAAGCCAAAAACCGCAACAGCAAAACAAAACAAAAUGUGGGAGAUUCCCUGGCACAUAAAAUCUACCCCUUGGCAUAUCAUUUGAGGAUGUUUUUUUGUCUAAAAUAUUAAUAGGUGGACAAACACUUAGCAUUGGUGUGGGAAACAGAGAAGGACUUAUCAUAGAGUAAGGUGGUCCAUCCUAUGUGCAUGCAAGUCCAAUUACAUUCUCUUCUGGAGCUCUGGCCAGAACUGUUGACUUUGCCAUAUAUAUCGUAUUGCAGCUAGAAAGAAAAGAGUUGUGUAGGGGCCACAGACAGAAAAAUAUAUGAUGUAUCAUAACUACAAUAUUGUUUUUGUGUUUUUUUUGUUUUGUUUUUUAAUGAAAGAUAUCGAAUAGUGAAGUUAUAUACAUAUUACAUAGUACAUCAGAACUUAUAUGUAUAUACUUUAUGUAUUUGUCUCUUCAGGUGGAUCAAUGUUGUUCUUUCUCCUUUUGCACCAGACCAUAUUCACCAAUCUCUCUUCCAUAGAAACGGUAAAGACUUGCAUUGUUUUUUGUUUGUUUUUUUGUAAUAAAUGCGAUCUGCCAGGUUUUCUAAAAGUAAUGUAGGUUAGAGUAGUGUAAAGCUGAAGAGGACUACCAAAUCUGAUUCUCUGCCUUCAGGCUACCUCUAGUGUAAAGGCAUUUUCAAUGUGGUUUUAUCCUAUUCAUAAGAGGGUACUAUACUUGUAUGCAAUACGCUCAAUUCUGUAUUUGAAUACACCGUGCAACCAGCUGUGUGUACUUCUGUAUGGUGUAGUUGCUUUCUAUUACAGGACUCUGCUUGGAAUAAUUUAUACUGCCCCACUAUGGAUUGUAUUAGUGGUGGUAUAGGAGACUAUUUCAGUAAUCAAGAUGGGAAGUGAUUAGCACUUGCAGAAAUACUUUGGUUUCAUCUUACAUCAGAAAAUUCUGAUCUUGACAAACAGUUAAUUGGUGUCUCUUUACAUGGAAUAAAAUGUAAAAAGAUUUAUGCUAGUCAAAUAGCAAAAAAAAAAAAAUCUAUAAAGAGGUUGAUUUUUUCAAAUUUUUUUCUUAAUUGGCAUAAUGCCAUGCUGUUGGCAUUAAGAACUAGCAAUCCAGAACACAGGUGACAAUGCAGUAUCUAAAAUCCCAAGUCUGCACCCACAAAUUAGUAAAUGUUGGAUGCCACUAAUAUCAAAUGUUUUUGUUUUUAUUUGUUCAUUGCUUCUUCAGGGAGAUGUUAUGGACUGUUUAUGUGAAUCCUGUGUCAUCCCCAUGUGAAUCUUUGUAUGUUGUUUCACAUUUGACACUAUGCUUUCUAACCAGCAUGUAUGUGUUUUGUUUUUGUUUUUUCUUAUAUGAUAUAUUUUUUUCUUUAUCUUCUAUAGGGUCAGACAAAGAGAGCUGCUUCUCUUUCUUGCGAUUCAUUAAUGUCUCUUCUGCAGAAAUCCGAAAUCUCAUGCUUCAGGGUCAUGUAGCCAGGUGAGAGAACAAUUAGAAUAUGAUAUGAGGACUACACAGGGCAGGUUUCUAGGUUUAAUGGGCAGAGUUGGUAGUUGAAAAUUAUCAUUAUUUUAUUAUUAUUUUUUUGUGUGUGUUCAAGUUCAAGUGUGGAGGGAUAAAAGAGCAUUGAAUACACCUGUAUGUGACUAAUGCUGUGUAAUUGAAAUUAGUAAACAUCUAUGUGCUGUUUUCUGUUUCAGAUGGUUAGCACUUUUCUUGUGUCUGAAAGCCUCCUACAGGCUCAACCACCAUCGAUUCUGGGAGGACAGGAACGAGUGCCAUAAACCGUCUAUGUAUCUGGCCAACACGGAUUUCCUUCUUCAGCUAAAUCAUCCGCUGUCUUUCCCCAACAUUUACGGUUCCCCUGUAAUACAUGUAAGCAGGUUGCUACUAAUAGCUCUUACAACCGGGCUAAAUAUUAUAUUUUUUUCAUUGUAUGUCCUCUACUGCUGCAGAUUUCUAGAUUUGUGCUUGCUUUUCCUUCUUUAUUGUUGUUCUUUAAUUAAUUGAAGUGUGGUGAUAAACUCGGAGCUGUAGACGCCAUAACUACUUUUCUCACUCCUUGGUAGCCUGAAACACGGCCUCCAAUGGCAAAAUGGUGGAGGCAGUGCUAUUCUUCCAGAAAAGGCGAGUAAACCUUUUAAUAGUUCACAGGCUUCAAGUCCCAUAACACAUUGAGUCCAUUGAGGUGGUUAUAGUGCCUACAGUGUUCCUUUAACUAGCACUUACAAAGUGCUUUGCUGUUCAAGUCAAAUCAAGAUACAUCUAAGACUGUGGUCAAAUCCACUACAUUUUGCUCUAAAACAGCAUAUAAAGCUAUCGUGUUCGUCAGGACUCUCCUUUAAACAUUUUUAAAACGGUGAUGAGAUGCUGGCAUUCUUAAUGAUCAAUGAAAUGCUUUGUAGGUUUGAUAAAGGUGCUCAAUUCAUUGAUAAUUUCAGGGCCCAUCCGUUUCUGAUAAAAGCCUUCUUCCUUGGUAAUUAUCUGCUCUCUACUGUGCAAUUCCUGGGGUGCUAGUCAGGUUACGUUAGUAGAUCUGUGGCCCAAUUAAUACAUAUCUCUCCCCCUGCUUUGUACAGUUGACAGUGGGUGACAUGGUGUGACGUACUGAUAUCUCUCCCUGCUUAGUGUAGAUGACAGUGGGAAGCAUGGCACCAUGUGUAGAUUUCUCUUCCUGCAUAUUACUUAACUAUACAUUGACUGAUCUGGCUCUUGGGUCCCAACCGCAAAAUUUUUUUAUUCUUAUAGCACUGUACAUUUGUGAGAAGCUUUAGCCAUGGGUCCCAAGCCAACAUGAAACGCUUUGCACAUUUGUCAGGCAAUCUGUCCGAUUUAAUAGAAUAAAAAUGUUCUCUUGUUACUUGCACCAGUGAUCUUUAAUACUAUAUGUCCCUUUGUGUUAGUAGGUGUCACUUUCUGACAACGCCUGAUUAAUUGUUAAUGCUCUCCUCGCUUUAACGCUUCAUUUCUUUGUUGAGUGAUUUACACAAGCCAUCAAGAACAGUUUUAUGAUUUCCUCUUUCUGUAUGGAAUGGCCUUUGGACGAUUUAUAGUUAGUGUUUUCAUUGCAAGGUUUGUGCUGCGUUAGAGUAAGUGAAAGUUGCUUCCCUCCCUCUAUCCAAUGUAUCCUUCUUUUGGCCUCAUUAAGUAGCUUUAAUAGAAGAAAGGAGUAUGUUAAACUUGUACAAGAUGCUUCUUCUUCACGCGUUUUCAGACCUGUCUGCUAUUUCCUCCUUGGCAACUGUCUCAUGUCCUCUUUGGCUUCUCUUGGGUUGACCUCUGCCAUGAAGUAUGGUUAUCUGAUAUUUUCUUUUCUUGUAAGUUGAUCCUUCUCUUGCUGGAGAGUGGAAACUUUGCCAGCGGGAAGCGGCUGUGAUGACCAUUCCAGCAAUGAAUAAUUGAUGCGUCUACUGUCAUUUAGCAACUCACCCAAGGCAUUCCAGAGCCUAAUAUUAAUAGUAAAAUAAAGAAAAGGGCUUGCUGUACUAGUUCCCUCUUCUAACUGAUCCUUGUGGCGUCUUUAUUAAAUUUCUGUAACUUCCUGUAAAAUGACUGCAGCAAUAUGUAACUCGAUGACAAAAGUGAUCAGUUAAAGGGCCAAGCACCAUUUUUACCAGCUUUGUUCAGCUUCUUUGAAUUUGUAUUUGAAGAUUACUUGAGUGCCAGUAAGUGUCUAAUUGUCCAACUUUUAAAAGGACUGCCUCUCAUUCAGUUUUGUCAAAUUUGAGAAUUACAAUUGUGUACUCCAGUUUCUAUAAGUCUAAUUCCAACUUAUAUCUUGCGUUCUCAUUUCAUGUGUAAAUGCAAAUUGGCUUUUCAAGAGAGAGUCUUUAUCUGAUUAUUUAUUUUCCUUUUUUCCCCUUAUCUCUAGGAAUUGGUCUUCUCGAGCCACUGUAAACCGAUCUACGGGUUUUCAGACUAUCAGAUGCACCAGGAAAAAUCUGAUCAACCUCAAAUUCGGUGCUGCCAAAUAACCGAACUUCCAUCCUUACUGUAUAUUGCCAGCCCUAUGGUAAGCACAGGAAAAAUAUUUUUUUAGCCAAAAGCGAUGGUGUUUUCCAUAACCCAGAAUAAAAUAUAGACUGUUAGCAGCAGACGGCGUAUUAGUGUGUAUAUUUAUCAGCAGGUGUGUAUGUGUGUGUGUAAAAAUAUACCGCUAUCCGCAGCAGUAUAUGGGUGUGGUAUAUAUCAAUCAUUAACAAUAUGUGUGUUUAUCGAUCACGUGUGUGUAUGUGCAGAUAGAUAUAUAGAUAGAUAGUGAAAGAGAGAGGUCGAUCGAUCACCUGCAUAUGUGUGUCUGUGUAGAUAUAUAUAUAUAUAUAUAUAUAUAUAUAUAUAUAUAUAUAUAUAUAGUGUAUAUUGCUGUAUGCAGAAGUAUAUGUAUGUUUACAUAGCUAGCUGCACAGUAUAUGUGCGCGCGUGUGUGUGUGUAUAUAUAUAUAUAUAUAUAUAUAAUCUAUCUAUAUCUUAUAGCUAUCAGCAGCAGUGUAUGUGUGCAGGGCUCAAAAGUUCCAUUCACAUUGCAAAAAUGUGAGUGGAAAUUAAACCCUGGCGACGGAGAACUGAUUGCUGUCAGUAGCACAGUAUGGGCUAGCUGUAAGGAGCUGUGUGAUCUAAUAUGGUUUGUCUUCUCGCACUCCGUUUUGUGGUGCAGAGAGACUGUAACAUGCACAGCACUAGUAAGAAAAGAGGGGAGUGAGCCUCUCUACUACAGCCAUCCUGCAUCUAAAAUAUAAAAAUCUACUCCAGUGUAGGUAGGAAAAGGAGAACUGCUAUAUACAUACAGUGGCAUGAUCUUAAAUUCUAAAUACAGUACAUGAAGAACAAGCUAAAGGAAAUGCAAGUAACUCCUGAAAUUCAAACUUCGUAAAUUAAGCUCUGCACUCAAGCUCUCACUACUUUUGAACAGCAGCAAUGACUAUAGUACACAUCAAUCCCAAUACAUACAAUAAAAAAUAAAAUAAACUUACUUGCGCACUAUCCCAAAUCCCUGUGUACAUUUAAAUAACUGCAGGUUUUUUAGAAUCACUCCAAUGGCCAUUAAAGUGUCAAUUCACAUCAAGACAAAAAAAACUCUUAUCUGUGGUUUGGCAGGUGAGCUUACACUUUAAGCAUGUGCAGCAAGUUGUAGCACUGCACCAUGGACAGCAUUAAGACACUGAACGUUGCUUCUCAACAUUUGCAGGACUAAACCCAGAAGUCCCUCUAGUGGCUGUCAGAGUGACAGCUACUAGAGAUGGUCAUGGGUAGCAGUGUAAGCACUGUUUUCUCUGAAAAGGUAACAUUUACACUGUUGAGGCAUCAGCAACAGGCUAUAUGCCCCAGAACCGAUAAGUUUUACUUUUUCACGUGGUAAUUCAUCCAUUACAAAAAUAUUGUCGGUAAACGGUUUUCGAAAUGUAUGGUAUCUUGCAUUAUUUUAGACAGAAUCUGAAAUGUGCACAUAGAAGCAGAAAUACAGUUUUUUGUCACAUACUGUAAAUAUGAUGAAAUGGAGAAAUUUUAAUGAUCAGUGCAGGUUUCAGUCAGCAUUUCUUAAUUUUUAGGCAGUUUGUCAGUAUGAAGCUGAAAUAUAUUUUUAGACACACAUAAUCUUUGGAAGCUUAAAAAAAAAAAAUGCCAAAAUUAGUAAGAGUAUAGUUUUCUGCUAUCCUGCAUCUUAAUGAAGUGUAACAGAUAGUAUUAUUGCUUAGAUAUUUUAAAAUUCUAAACGUAAUACUUGUGUAAAAGGAAGCUAUAUUAUAUCAACCAUGCAGACUCUUACAGCUUAACAUGCGUGGCUACACAAAAAAAGGUGUCUUUGCAUUAAACCUUUCUGCUAAUUCUGUCUUUGUGCAAUAUGAUCUCUGCAGCGGAACAGAAAAGAAGUGGUGAUACUAGCUUAGACAAACACUAGCAAAACCACAUUUAAAAUAUUGUUCUCCAGACCAUGUCUUCUAAAGUUUCAGUUAUAAGUUUAAUGCAAUAGUAAUUUAGAGAUAAUGUUGUGGAAGGAUCACUUAAGCGAUACACGGCUUCACGUCUUACAUGGUAAAGCCAUAAUCAUUAUAUGUGUCUAUCACUUAUGGUUUUAAAGAGUGCAUGCUACAAGUGCCCACAAUCUUCUAUGUGUGAGUGUUGAUGUAUCUACAUUAAAAUAUGUUAAAAAAAUAAAUAAAAAAAAGAAGCAAAAAGCUCUUCCAGACCAGCAACAGGCUCCACCAGUCAAAAGACUAAUACUGGUCUAUGGGGGUCUUUCUAUUGUGUAAAUCAGUGGUUACCAACCCAGUCCUUGGGGCACAACAACAGUGAAGGAUAUAGGCAUAUAUCAGUUUUGUUCAUUGGCAAAUACUCUCAAAACCUGGAUGCUUUGAGAGCCACUAGGAUAAACCCACGUUUAACAGAAAAUUGAAAAGUGUAGCUCUGCUCCCAGCAACAAGCCCCACUUACUGGUUCUCAUGAGUUGACCUCUUAAAUAAGCGAACUAUAACCAUAACAUAGAAACAGACAUCUUUAUCUACUUUGAACAUGUGAUAAAAUGCUAAAUGCAAGACAGAAGAAAAAGUAAUUUUACAUGUAUGCUGACUGCUGGUGCUUAAAGGACCACUCUAGGCACCCAGACCACUUCAGCUUAAUGAAGUGGUCUGGGUGCCAGGUCCUUCUAGGGUUAACCCAUUUUUUCAUAAACAUAGCAGUUUCAGAGAAACUGCUAUGUUUAUGAAUGGGUUAAGCCUUCCCCCUAAUCCUCUAGUGGCUGUCUCAUUGACAGCCACUAGAGGCGCUUGCGUGCUUCUCACUGUGAUUUUCACAGUGAGAGCACGCCAGCGUCCAUUGGAAAGCAUUGUAAAUGCUUUCCUAUGAGACCGGCUGAAUGCGCGCGCAGCUCUUGCCGCGCGUGCGCAUUCAGCCGGCGGGGCGUAACGGAGGAGGAGGAGGAGGAGAGCUCUCCGCCCAGCGCUGGAAAAAGGUAAGUUUUUACCCCUUUCCCCCUUCCAGAGCCAGGCGGGAGGGGGACCCUGAGGGUGGGGGCACCCUCAGGGCACUAUAGUGCCAGGAAAACGAGUAUGUUUUCCUGGCACUAUAGUGGUCCUUUAAGCAUUCGCUGCUUUGUAAUGUCAUAAAUUCAGUGGAAAUAAACCUGGACUUAUCACCACUUGUUAAAAAUGUGAAUAUGUGAUAUUGCAUAUUUUGCACAUCCAUGCAGUCCUGCAAAUUUAAGCGUUGAACAUGGCCUCUGCAUCUCUUACUUUUGUCAAUGUAAUUUUGUUUGUCAGCUACUUGCUGUUACAGGUUUCCAGUGAAAUAUUUAUUGUAAAGAGCUGCAGAAUAUGUUGAAGCUUUAUAUAAUUAUUAUGGUGCUUUAAUUUUCUUUUUUUCAUUCCUGUCAUCAGGUCACUGCGCCCCCCAUAGACACUUACUGCAAUGACAGGAGUGCUGAAUAUGAACGUCAGGCCCUCAGAAAGGGAGGGUGCCAAGCUGCCUGGCAGUGUGUCAUGUUUGGAGCACCAGAACUUUAUUCAGAUUGGUCCAAGAGGCAUUUGGAGUUCUUCCCUGGAAAUCCGGGGGGAUUGGUGGCAGUUAGACCUCAUCAAGGCUGGUCUUUUGUAAGGAUCCCAGGUAGGUGGUAGAAGAGAGAACAAUACCUAUACUCAAAUCUAUGAAUAUAUGUAAAAAUUAGAAGGGCAAUUUCUAAGCUAGGUAAACUUUAACUUAUAGGUCCGGUAGAUAUCAGAGAUAGUUCUAACUGCUCACAAACACUGGUGAACACUGUGAUAAUACUAAACCAAACCUCUUUUGUAAUAUCGGUGACUUAAAUACCACCACAAGCACAUUGCAUUUUUAUUAUUCUGGAGAUCAGUUAUUAAUAAAUAUAUAUAUAUAUUAUCUGAGAGAUCGGAGACCAAAAAAGUGAUUUAUACUGAGACCUCGCUACCUGCAGCUGUCCAGAGAAAUGUAUUAAAGGCUAGGUCUCUUUAAUCAGCAAGACAAAAAUGCACAUUCUAGUGCAAUAAAAACAAAUUAUAUGGAACACACAAAAUAUCAGAAAUUUACAGCAAUGUGGCAGAAAAGGAAGUACUUCAUCAUGCAACAUGGACAUCAAUAUAAGUACCAUUUCAAUCAAUCACUCCGGUGGAUUGUAGGUGGUGAAAAUACCAAUUAGAGCACAAGACCAUUCAUUGACCUCCUCCUUGUUUUACGACACAGGGGUGCUUUUUCCAGAAGUCCACAAAAUGCAUUAGACAUUGUAAUCUCCCCUGGCAAUUGUCUAUUUAUCUCCAUCAAAAACAUGAUACUUCUAAACACCAGCGCCCAUAUUCAUCCAAACACCUUCAGAUCUUAAUAGUUUGUUUUUCUGUAUUUUGGAUGUUUUACUGUACUUGCAAAGGUUCUGUCAAAUUCAGCAUGCAAAAAUACAGCUAAUUGUUUAGGCCAAAAGCAAUAAAAUUCCGGAAAAUUGUGUUCAUGGCCAUCAUUUUAUUAAAAUAUGAUGUGAAUAUUUAAUGAAGCCAUUCAUCAUUUUAUUUCUCUGCAGGGUUUAAAAGUUUCAUUUUGCGAUAUUGAUUUUUAGCUAUGACUGACAGCAGAUAAAAAUUCUCAUUUUGAUUGCGGCAGGAUGGAUUAAUUUUUCAUUUACAUUAUGGCAGCCCUGUAACUUGUAAUUUCUCUAUUUGUGAAAUUUCUCAUUUGUGAAUCCAGUAAGCCUUUAAAUAUAUAAUAUGUUUUGAAAUAAGAGCUUGAAUUAAAUGUUGUAUAUUUGAAACCUGUUGAUUAUACCGUUUUCAAAAAUAACCGGUUUGCCGUAAGUAAGUUGCUUGGUUUAUUUAUGUAUUGAAUGAUUGCAAAAUCCAGAGAUUGGAGUGGGACCAUAUGCUUGUUCCCCACAAGGUCCUCAAAUGCUUUCUUAGAUGUAACUGUUAUUUGUUUCAAUAAUCUAGCUGCAAAUUUCUCAUCUGAAUCUCUCAGCCUAUCAUUGGUUUACCUACCUUUUCAGAAGCAGAGAGGAUGGAACCAGGAGACUGCAGUGUCAGACAUUGGACCCUCAGUUUCAGGGCUGAGCCUUUUUAUACUGGUUUUAACACUCCUGCCCCAUAACUUUAAUGAGCUGAAGUUGUUAUAAGGACGGAAACGUUAAUUUAACAAUCCAUGAUAGGGACCCAAAUCAUAUUCCUGGCAUAGACUUGUCGGCCAGUACUUACAUUGCAACAUUAGCUUAGUGAGUCAUUCUUCUUUUCUGAUCUAAAUAUAGUAAACAAAAAGUAAGCGAAACACCUCCAUUAGGCUUUUUCCAAUGUGCAAGAAGGCCUCCAUCACUUUGGAAAAGGCAGUGCAACCGUAAUAAGCCAUUUGUUGUGCGACAUGUCUUUAGACAUGAUGCUCCAAUUCAUGGCGACCCACUUAAAUGGCCUGGUUUCCUGACCACAGAGUAAAGACUGAUAUCGUUUGGUGAAACAAUUAAGAAUAAAACAAAAAACAGGGAGUCUGUGAAUGAAUACCAGUGAAGGAACAUCUUAUGACCAUGUCCUGAUAUUCAUUAAUAUCAGGAGAUCCUGUAAUAUGCCUUUUCCAACAACGAAAUAGAGAAAAGUAUUGGUGGAGUAUUAAAUUGUGUUUGAUAAAUAGCUGAAAUAUUUGCAGUUGGUCUCAGGCAGGCACAUAUGUUGGGGGGGAAAAUGUGCAUGUAGAUCAGCUGGAUUUAUGUUACAAAUAAAUGGGCAUCUAAAGAUACAGGCAUCAUGUUUAAUAGAACAUGGAAACCAUAGUAUGUGUUGUACAUUAGAGUAAAUCAGUGUGUGUAUACACAGCUUUAUCAGACUAUUUAAAAACUAUAAGGUGGAAGUUAGGGGGUAAGCCACUUCAAUAGGGGGGUGUAGGGGGAGGAAGAAGGCCAAAGUAAAAAAAUUACAGUGCUAUGUAUAGAGAAAUUAUAAAAUAGCAGACAUGAUGUGACUCAUAAAUCAUAACAUUUGCAUUAUAAUGCCAGUGCAUCAAUGUGUUACUUGCAUCAAGGGGUAAAUUGAUCACAGUCUUUUGUCUGCUUUAUAUUUUUAUAUGUUGAUAUGGAUUGUUUUAACUCAUUGUGCUGUGUUUCUUAAGUUAAAAUGCAUACGGCUGUCUAAAUCCAGUCCCAUAAGCACUUAUGUCCAAAGUAAUAUUUAUUUCAAGGGAAAAUUGUAAGGUAGUGCCGAUCCAUUCCAGGUUAAUUUUAUACAUUGGUUGACUCAUAAUUGGUGUGUUUAUAUUUUACUCAACUACUGAUAUAGUUCCUUGUGCUCAUUUCAGAAACCUGUUACACAGUAGAGGCCUCUUUGUAGAUGUGACUGUACUCUGAUCACAGGAGCAGGACAGUGGGAUAUUUAUAUAAUUUUACUCAUGCUGAGAUGUCUGCCUUGCGCAUUUAAUUUAUGAAUCUGUCAGCUACUUCUCAUGCUCUUUGAAUUAUAUGCCCCUUUCUCUUCUGUCAGAGAGUUGUAGUCCUCAUAGUAACUGUGGGAAUCUCCAGUCCUUUCCUGUCCUUUUGAGAAAAAAUGGCUGAGGUUUAAAUGGCAGGAAGUGGCUGUGUUGCUAGAACGAACCUUCACGACCGCUGAUUGUGAGAACGAGACAAGGCCCUUCGUAUGACCCUAUUGUUUCUUGCCGUCUAAGGGGGAAUGAUGGGAUACCCUCAAGAGACUUCAGGUUAUCUGUCUUAAAGCACAUCGCAUAGAGUUUCUUGGCUUUCUUCUUAUUUCCAGGUCAUGACCUCAUUUUUUUAUUUUAUAUAUAUAUAUAUUUUUUUUUUUAUACAUUGUCAGCUUUGUAAUGCAUGCAAGUCCUUCUUUCAUACACACAUUUACUGGAAUUCAAACAACUAGAAGUGGUUACGUAAUUGUAUUUCUUUUAUCGAAUGCUUUAGUUUAUAUUUUAUGUAAACAUUUAUUUGUCCUGUUUGUAUGUAUGGAUAAAUUCAUUAAACACCAGUCUCUAACUAAAAAGCAAACUGCAAAAUCUAAGCAAAACUAGUUGUUAUGGAAAAAUUCUCCCAGGUUGGCUAUCUUAGCCUCAGUGCUAUAAUUUAGUGUUCCAUUCACUAGAGUUCACUGUCUGUUGUUGAAUAGGAAUCCUAACCUUUUAAGGUGGAACUGUCACUUUUGGCACAGUUCAAACCAGCAAUGGGAAGUAUGGAUGCGGGAGGGGUAGCAACUCGGCACAGCGUAAGUUCAUCUGUUGAUGAUUUGUUGGUGGUGCGCUGAUUGAGGACUCUUACUCUGUGCCCCUAGAUGUGAGGCGACAAGACCCUGAAUUCGGGACAGUGCUGCUGUUACUUGGCACAGCAAACGCAUUUGUAUAUUUCUUUAUCCCCCAUAGUGCACUUACAACUCUGUAUGGAAAGAAUAAGCGACGUGGUGUUUGCGCACACACAUUCAUAGCUGCAAAUUAGCUCUCUGUCCGGGGAGAGGAGAAAAAUCAAUUCACAACAUAUCCAACAGAACUGACAGCAGGCAACCUGGAGGAUCUAUUUCUGGCUGCAUGACAGCUCUGAGGGUCGAAGUUAAAGCUGCAUCGAUUUUUUUCAAACUCCUACACUUAUAAGCCAUUCUCACACCUGACAUUUUGUGCACAGUACUUGCUUCUUAUGGUGCUGAGAGUCCCCCUUUAAAGACCAGAUGUUAUGAUUCUAUAGACUGACAUCGGUUCCAUAAGAAUUGGUUUUCAGAAGAGAUUUUAUUGACGGAAGCAGGUGUGCAUUUAAAUACUUUUUUAACUAUGCACCUUAUACGAAAAUUAAAUCCUGGGCCCUUAAUAUAUAUAUCCUGGGACUCAGGAUCUACCUAUUUCGGAAUGUACCAAUGCUCAUUUUCGGGGGAGAUGCCGCAGUCUCCACAUGGUUUCCUGAUCUGCUAGAAUUCUAGAACUUAUUCUAAGAACCCUUUCAACUGAAAAACAAGCCCUAAUUUACCAUUUUUAAAUAUGACCGGAGCAUCCACUCCAUCCUAGCGUACUGUAGAAUUAAGAAAGAAAAAUGAAAAAAAAAAAUAAGAUUGCAAAAUAAAUACAUUGUUUAGUUUACUUCCAUUAGUUACGUUUGUCUUAAAAAAGCAACACAUUUCUAAGUAUUUUUUUGGGGGGAGGAGGGAUUAAGAAAACCCAUUGUGUGUAACCUCACAAGACUUACUAGCAAAACCACAAUCAGGAGAAAUCAUGCGUGACUCAAUACUUUCAUUUCUACCCUUUAGUGCCUCUUUAACAUGACAAAACAUUUGUUUUCACCAAACCAUAAGCUCAAAAAUAAAAUGUGUUUCCCCAACCAAACCAGCUCACACUGAUUGCCUAUUUAAAUUUAUCUUUCAAUGUUUACGGCAAAAUUAAUGACUGUGCUAUUGGACUUGCAAAACUGCUUAAUUUUUCGGGCAGUAGUAGUGAAGUAGACGGGUUUACUCACUGAAGUGUGACUUGUUGGAAAUUUCUAAGUAAAUUUACAAUUUUAGGCAAUAUUCAAUUCAAAUCGUGAAACAUCUUUCAAGUCUGCAUUGUUAAAUUUGAAUUCACUUUGUGUAUACUGCCAAUCACACUAUCUGUUAACCUCUUUAUAACUUUCCUUUCCUUCAACCUGUUAUUUGCAUUACAAAAACGAUUUUGACAUUUUUACGAUCCAUUUUUUUUCUACCAUAAUUUCACCAUUCUCAUUAAAUGCACCCAUACAUAAACCUAAUCAUCUUCAUAUCAGCAGUGUUUCAUGUAACAGCUAGGUUAUUUCUAUUUUUAUCAUUUAGCAUCUGCUGUUCUGAUUAGCUAGGACUACAACAGUGCGUUAUGUGUUUUCAUGAAAAAGGGGAUGUUUCGGUUAAAUUUCCCCUUGUGCUUGCGAUCACACACAGAAAGUCAGCAGUUCUCAAUUUAUUGCGCAACCUUUUUACAAGCAGGGUAUUGUGAAUCGCAUGUAUCUUGCCUAACCUUUCCUUUUUUUACACAGAAGUAUAAAGGGGGCCCAGCCUUAAAUCUUCCUUGAAAAUUGUUUGGGGAAAACAAGUCCUCAAGUAGGAAGAGGCCAAGGAAAGGCUUCCGGCAACAUGUUUUUAAACAAGCUGGCCUGAUUUCCUGUUGUGAGCAAGCAUGUUCUAUGUUCCCACCAGGAAUUGGAUGACCUGUGUGUUUUCCUCAAAUACACCACUAGGGGGUGCUCAUAGAUUGGAAAUUAAAUUCUGUAUUCAGAAUUUAGGGUUAUUCUAGAAAUAAAUUUUAGAGAGUGUUGAAACUUAAAUGAAAUCUAGUGACUUGUUUAUUUUGUAGUUUUGCAAGUGUAUUCAAGUAACAGUUACAUUAUUUUUGUAAUUACUUUACAGUAUUAUAUAUGAUGAGGUCUGCUUAUAAAAUGCAUAAGCAUUGAGCUCCCCAGUUCAUAAUAUUUUUACACAAUUUGACGACAUUCUCGCUGCCUGUAAACGGCAGCUUAAUGAAUUGCAAAAUCCUUCCACUGCAGAAAGGGUUAAGCUACUAUCAGAUCUAGCAUUUCAUUGUUUUUGGAUUUGUUUAUGAACAAAAGCUGCAAACAGGAUGCUCACUUUCCUGAAAUAAGCUGCAAGGCUAUCCUCAGUAUCUGUCCUGUUUCUAUUUUGCUGAACAGCUAAGACAUUGGCGCAGCUAAUCGUCAGGCUAUUACCCCAGAUGUCAGAUGUAGAGUACUUUCAUAGACUGACUAUGGCAAAGUAAUCAUUGGGGGGGAGGGGAGUACUAAUUAUAGGUGUUUGGUAGUUCUAUUGGCAGUUAACAUUUCCUUAAAGAAACAUUAUAGAUACCCAGGCCAUCUCAAUAAAGUGGACUGGGUGCCUUGCUCCUGAAGUUUAAACCCUGUAUCUCAAAACAUUGGCGUUCUGCAGAAGCGGCAAUGUUUACAUUGCAAGGUUUAAAUGCCUGACAACCACAAGAGGCCGCUUCAGCAGAACUAACCACGUGAAAUUUGGCUAUUUCAAUCAUAUGGUCUCUCAGAGAGGCAGAAAACCUGAAGCCUUCUACUCGUAUAUUCUCAGCCAAAAAGCUUCUUUACAGAGACCAGCGCGACGAGUCCAGAAAGGUGAAGAAACAUUGGGCGGGACACUAAUAUAGAUAGAUUAAAACUCUAGUGAUAGGAAUACAUGUUUGUCUUUCUAAUGCUAUCGUGUUCCUUAAAUGCAUUUUAUUAUAACCCUGCUGCAUAAAACCCUAAAAAUGACUUAUCUGCAAGCACAUUAGGCCCUCCCCAUAGGAAAGCAUUGCUGCAAUAGAUUCCUAUGGGGAUUUUACGGACGCUGGAUGUCCUCAUGCAGAGUGUGAGGACAUCCAGCAUCAGUAAGGCAAGCAGGAAGAGCUUCUAGUGGCUGUCUGAUUGACAACAACUAGAGGCUGUCUUAGUCCUACAGUGUAAAUAUUGCAGUAUAUCUAAACCUGCAAUGUUUUAUAUUGCAACCAGAUCACUUCAAUGGGCUGAAGUUGUCUGGAUGCUUAUAGUGUCCCUUUACAUUUAGGACAAACAUAGAUAAAGAGCAGAACGAUUGGGUCAUACUACUCAAAGUUUUAUAAAAAGUUAAUUUAUUACUGUCAUUAUUUUGAUCAUAUCUAAUUGAUCGAAAAAGUGAUGUCUUUCUUUAUCGUAAAUUCUGCAAAUUUGUGUAGAAAUGUCCUCUUACGAAGUGUGCCAUAUUUAUAGUGAGGGAAAAUGGUGUUGCAAAAAGAGGCAGAACAAUUCAAAAAAAGGUUUGGUGAACAAAUGAGAAAAAAAUGCUAAAGUUUUAAGAAAUUGCACCCAAAAUUUACCAAAGUCUCUUGGAAAGUUAGAGCACUUUGAUUGUAGAUGGAAAAAUUUGCCCAUGUGACUUGCAACUUCUUUUUACAGGUUUUGACUGUAUGAUUUGUCAGGUUGAGUGAAUAACGCUUGCCUCCACUACACCACCUCAAAAAAAAAAAGAUGCUUUUGUAACACAUUUAACUUACUGAUAACUACAUAUUUAAAGAUGCAGUGCCCCAGUCUUUUUAGUCCUGCAAUCUGAAACAUUGCCGUUUAGUAGAUACAGCAAUGUUUUGAUUGCAGGCCUAAACAUACCUCUAGUGACUGUUUUCCUGACAGCCACUAGAGAGUGCUUCUGUGGCAAUGACCAAGUUUGACUCGGUUAUGUGACGUUCAUUGUCAAACACCAUUAAAUGUUGAUUUUAGGGAUGCAUUGGAUUCAGUGAUUCACUAUGAGUAGCAUGUGAGCUUGGCACUUGCCACGCAUUUACUCAUCAUCCAAAACACUUCUCUAUGAAAAGCGUUGGAUUGGAUGAGAAGCCAAGUAAAAGAGGUCUGCAGGAUGGCAGAACCGAGUGAGUCUCGGUGCUGGAAAAACAAUGUAAAUAAAAACAUGGUGGUGGAGGCGGGGAGAAGCACCCCUGGCAGACCCUAGAUGAGAAGUAAACCCAUUCGAAAACAGUUUAGUUCCUUAAAAUGGGGGAGUGCCACCCCACCCCUGGUACCAUAGAUACUACAUUUGAGCUGUGGAGGCUAUGGUGCUGGGAGUAUUCCGAGUGUUUCUUUAAAGACAGAGUGCUGUGAGCAUAGAUACACAACAGCAAUUUGUACCACGUAUGAAAGAGGAGAGAUUAGGAUUAAAAGAGCGGGUCAAGAGAAAAUGGGCACUAUAAAGGUAUUGUGCCUGUUUAUGAGGGACACUUCAGCAAUAUAAUUUAGCCAUUGACAGGCAGUUGGGCAAUAUAAAGGUUAUGAUUUUGACAUUUGACUUGUCGUACAUCUAUAGUAACCUUCAUGUAAGGCUGGAAUCCCUGAGUAAAAUACAAACAACAUAAUUAUUGAAUAAUUUUGGCCGGGUGCGUGCGGAGGGUGGCACAUUCCAGCCAAUUAAUCUUUGUGUUCCAGAAGGUAAAUUUGUACAAAAUGAAGUCUCAGAUUCUUUGAAAUAGGAACAUUUUGUGUUGUGGAUGCGUUUAGUAAUCUUAAGGCAGUGUUUAAAGCAAUUAUGUAUUAUUAUCUUCUUGAAGUAAUUAUUACUGUAUUUUUUUUUUUUUUACAUUAGUAGCUCGUAAGAUACUUUAAACUAGGCAUCUUAAACCUGUUUUAAGUAAGACACCUUUGUUCUUUACAGAUAAAGAGAGCCUGAUCACUGAUAGCGGAAAAUUGUAUGCCUUGGAUAUGCUGCUGACCCGAUUGAAAUCACAAGGACACAGGGUGCUUAUUUAUUCACAGAUGACCCGAAUGAUUGAUUUGUUGGAGGUAAUAACUGGAGUUGUCCCUGACAGAGGGCUUUUUAUGGGGAGAGGAGAGAGGGGGCCAGGGGGUAUAAAUAAUGUUUAUUCCAUAUUUUCUGCAAAUCUGCAUAUUUUCCAUAGGGGCAGUAAGAAGCUGAGAACUCUCACAACAUCUUGCCCCUCUAUUUAUAUUUCAGCUAAAGUUUAGGGGUAUGUAGUUGACUUCAGUUCAUAGGCAAGCAUCAAGCAACAGAAAUCUAUGAGAGAGCCUGCAAGUAAUUGGAGGGCAUACUUCAUGCAGCCACAUGGUGUUCAAUUACUUGUACAAUCAGGCCCUGGAUGUUAUGCAAGUGUGGGCAAAAUAUUUUCAUUUCAAAAUUCUGCUUGUUCACUUUUAGUUGCUGUUUAUUUAUAUUAAGUGCCAUCAUAUUCUAGGGAUGAAAAUAUAAUUUUGCCUCUUUAUAAAUUGCUGGUAAUAUCACUCGUUGAAUAUGCUGUGCAAUUUUGGGCACCUGUUUUAAAGAAGGAUGUCAUGGCACUAGAAAAAGUGCAGAGACAAGCUACAAAAUUGAUUAAAAAGGAAUGGAGCACUUUAGUUACGAAGAAAGGUUAAAACAUUUAAAUUUCUUUAGUUUGGUAAAAAUAGCGCCUCAGAGGGGAUAUGAUAACAUUAUACAAAUAUAUUUGGGGCCAAUACAAACCAUUAUCUGGAAAUCUAUUCAUAAACCAGACUUUACAUAGGACACAAGGUUGUGCAUUUAGGCUGGAAGAAAGGAGAUUUCAUCUAAGGCAAAGGAAAGGUUUUUCUACAGUAAGAACUAUAAGGAUAUGGAAUUCUCUGCCUGAAGAGGUGAUUUUAUCAGAGUCCAUACAGAUGUUUAAACAGCAAUUUGGUAAAUACUUGCAAAAACAUAACAUACAGGGAUAUAAUUUCUAAUUAGUGGGGUAAUAACUGCUCGAUCCAAGGAGACAUCUGACUGCUAUUUUGGGGUCAAUAAGGAAUUUUUUCCUAGUUUGUGGCAAAAUUGGAAGCGCCUCAGACUGGGUUUUUUGCCUUCUUUUGGAUCAAGAGCAAAAACAUAUGUGAGGAAGGCUCAACUUGAUGGACGCAAGUCUCUUUUCAGCUAUGUAACUGUAUAUUCAAUUCUUGUUCUAGGAAAGGUGGAGAACAACAGAGUACAAAACCGUGCUCUGUCCACUAGAAUUUAAAAUAAAAUUAUAAGUGAGGAUUGAGAUGUGGUUUCAUCAUUAUUAUGACCUGAGAUGUAUCCAGCUGUAUUCAUACACAGAACUAAACUAAAAUAAAACUGAUAUGACCUUGUGUAUAUUAGCAUUGAAUAAUAUUUAUUUGAGAAACAACUGAGAAGAGAUAAAAAUACAGUGAUUGGCAAAAUGUGCAUCAAAUGAGAAAACAUAAUAUGAACAAAAAGGGCACUGGUAUCAAAGGAAAUUGUGUAUCAAAGGAGAAAACAUAAUGUAAACAAAAAGGGCACUGGUUAUACAUAAACGCAGGUCCAUGUUUAUCAGGCAAGUAGCCUACUAAUUCUGAAGUCUGCUGGUCUGCUUUACAGGAAUACAUGGUUUACAGGAAGCACACCUACAUGCGACUAGAUGGCUCAUCCAAGAUUUCCGAGCGGCGAGACAUGGUGGCCGACUUCCAGACCAGGUACGUGUCUCUUGCUUAUUCUUUUUCUUUAGAAUAAAAUAAACAAUGUGCUAGUAGGCUUUUCUAUAAAGAGUAAAAUGUAAAAAUUUUAAGGGACCCUAGUCCCAAUAACCAUAUCAUCUCUUUGAAUUGGUUUUAGUGCCUGAAGUCCCUGACACUGUCCCUCCAUUUAGUGUUAAACCAUUUUAGAGCAGUUUAACACUAAAUAAUGUUCCCUGGCCUUCCAAAUUCCAGCCCCUUCUGGAGGUGUAGCUAUACCAGAGACCACAUACUUCCCUGUAGUCAUAACCUUCAUACUGUCAGUUGGACCUCUGAUAAGAUAGAAUCAGUCAGCUGACACUCUCAACCAAUAACAUCUGACCAUUGCUGUUCAGGUUAAUGUUUUUUAUUAGCCAAAGCAGCACAGCAGGGAUGGACUGCUGGGGACUCUCAUUUAGCAUUAAGACAUAAAAAGAUUAAAAGCUGUUUAAUGCUGAAUGAAAUUAUGGCACCAGGGGAUUUCAGCCAUUGUAACCAGUUUAAUGAGAGGAAACAGACACUGUGCCGACAGUGUCCAUUUUCUAUCAGUCUAUUUUUUUUAAUUAUAAAAUGCAAUAAGUAUUUAAGCUAGCCUCUCACUGUAUUUUCUGCUUUCUCUUUAGAACGGACAUUUUUGUAUUUCUGCUUAGCACCAGAGCCGGAGGAUUGGGUAUUAACCUUACUGCUGCGGAUACAGUGAGUAUAAGUUUGAAGCUUAAUGUAAAGGGACACGAUAGACAGGAAGUGAUGCCAUUUUCUAACUCAUUGUAUGCAUGUAUUGUAUAAAAAAAUAAUAUAAAAAAUAAUAAUUUACAUUAAAGUAUCCCCCCCCCCACACCCACCCUCCUCCCCCAAACAUCUUAAUUAAAAUUAGAUUCUUUCUAUCAAAGCAGGCUACCAUUGCAUUAGGCAGUGUUCAUACACUGAACAAUUCAUUGCAAGCAGAUGGCUAGGCGCUUGGAUGUAUAUGUUGUGCCUGUUGCUCUACUGGAAAUAAACUAAAACAGCAGGGUACUCAUUUUUUGGUCUUCACAUGACCACAGUUCUAAAUUAUUGAAUAUUUGUGUUUUCCCUAAAGUGACUGAUAAUCCUUUGCCCUUAUUUGUUUUUCCAUCUUGAUUCUUAACCAUCUGAACGACUUGCUGACUGAGGGUCAAUGGAAAUAUAGGCCACAACAGCAGGAGUGCCAAAGCUUGGCUACCAUUGACAUAUAACCGACUAGCAUUUAGUCUUCAGAGAUUUUUAUAUAACAUUUCUAACUGUGCUGAAAAUGUCUGCUGUAUUAAAAUAUGUAAAAACACUUUAACUUACACUAUUUUAAAAAUAUCCACAUUUAUGUAGCCAAGCCUUAUUUUUUGUGUGUUUUUUUUAAUACAUUUUAAGCAUUCUUCUUGCUGUUUUCAAAUAAGAUAAAUUUGCGUGGCUCUAUCCUUGAGAUUUAUUUAAAAAAAAUACCACAUUCUAUUAAUUUAAAAUCAAAUUGCAAGAUUUAGGGCAAAAUAUAUGAUUUGAAAAAAGAUAUAAAUCUUCAUCUCCGCUAUAAUCAUAAAUUUUAGCCCAAAAAUUGCAAUUGUGUUUUCAAUCACUACAAUUCUGGGAUUAGGGAAUUAGCCAUUAAGUGAUAUAGCUGCAUGAAAAGGCAUGAACUAUUUGUACUUGAGAAGCAUAACUUAAUUUUGCCUUUGCUAACCUUUUUUGUUUAGGUUAUCUUCUAUGACAGUGACUGGAACCCCACUGUAGAUCAGCAAGCUAUGGACAGAGCUCAUCGACUGGGCCAAACCAAACAAGUUACUGUAUAUAGACUUAUCUGUAAAGGCACCAUAGAGGAACGUAUACUGCAGAGGGCAAAAGAGAAGAGUGAGGUACUGAAAAAGUGACUGAAUAGACAAUGAACAAAUUCGUAGACUGACUGAGGGACUUGGAAGUGUUGAAUUCUGUUGUGCUGUGUCAUUAUAGUCCAAAUGUUUUUGGUGUACUUUCUUCUUUCUUGUAGAUCUUUCAUAACCAAGAUUUGUAAUGGUCAGUUAAUAUAUUUGUUAAAAAUUGCCGCAAUGUUUUUUUUUGCAGAUCCAACGGGUUGUUAUAUCAGGUGGGAAUUUUAAACCAGAUACUCUUAAACCAAAGGAGGUGGUCAGCCUGCUGCUCGAUGACGAGGAGCUAGAAAAGAAAUGUAUGUUUAACACCUAUCCACACCACAAUAUCAUUGUUUUAUUUUAUGUCGUAUUUAUGAAAACCUCACUCCCAAUCCCGUGUAGACGUGAAAAUUGGCUUCCUUUUGCAUUUAGCACAAUAAUAGCAACAAUAAGUACUGCUUACUCUGCUCUCUGCUCCAGCACUAAUCUUCACCUUGCUGAGAAAUUAAUUUCUCCACCUGUGCAUCAGUCAGUCCUUCUUUCUGGAGUAGAGAAACAGGAAAUACCGCCUAUCCUCCCUUACGGCACAAUACCAAUGUGACUCAAAGAACAUUUGCUGCAUUUCAUUCGUAAUGCUAAUAUUUCACACGCUGUUUGUAGACCUGCAAUGCAAGGGAUAACCAGACAGAGUGAUCAGUGUACCAAUUUGCAGUUAGUUUUAAAUGAGUGUACUUUUUAAUAUAUACUGUUAAAUUAAUUUGCUGCAUUCCAUUCCUAAAGCUAAUAUGUGACACAGUGUUUGUAAUACUGCAAGGUAAGAAAAAACAAUACGUGAAAAUUGUGUAUGCAUACAUUACUUAAUUACUAGGUGGGGUGGAGGCAAGGCACUGCGAUUUGUGCACCAAAUUGCAAUCAGCAGCAAGUUUUAAAUACUUGUAUUUGUGCACACCACCAUGCCAGCCUUGUGUAUACAUGAAAAUCCGCUUCCUUUUGCAUGUAGCACAAUAAGCUCUGCUCCUGCACUGAUCUUCACCUUGCUGAGAAAUUAAUUUCUCCACCUCUGCAACAGUCAAUCCUUCUGUCUGGAGUAGAGAAACAGGAAAUACCAGUCUAUCCUCACUUACUGCACAAAUACCAAUAUGUCUCAAAGUACAUUUGCUGCAUUCCAGUCCUAUUGCUAAUAUUUCACCCAGUGUAAGGGAUAACCGGGCAGAACGCUCAGUGUACCGAUUUGCAGUAUGUUUUAAAUAAGUGUACUUUUUAAAAAAUACUGCUACACAUUGAUACAUUUUAAUGCCCACCUGAAAUGUGUUUUGAGCAAUAUAACUACGCAAUAUAUUGUACUUAUACUAUUUCUUGUGCAAACCAUUUUUUUCUCUUCUCCUUAUUGUAGUACGGCAGCGACAAGAGGAAAAACGGCAGCUGGAGGAGACAAACAGAGUAAAAGAGCGAAAAAGGAAGAGGGAGAAAUAUGCUGAAAAGGUGAUACUAUACUAUUGCUGUCAAAGUGGGCCUUGGAUAAAUAGAAUACCUGAGUACCUGCAGUACUAUAUCUAUCUACACAUAGAUGUAUACACAUAUGUAGAGAAUAUACAUAUAUGAGUAGAAAGAAGGGCUAUAUUGACAUUGUUUACUGUAAUUGUUCUACCUAACAGUUGAUUCACUCCGUGAGCUUUUUAACUUUUCUCAAAACCUCCCUUUUGAAGCUUGUUAUUCUAAAUAGUCUUAUAAUUUAUUAAGCGUAUUAUAAACCUUUUUGAGUUCUGUUCUCGUUUUUAGCAAAAGAAGAAAGAGGAUGAGGUAGAUGGCAAGAGGAAGAGAGAAGGCGUUAACUUGGUGAUUCCUUUUCUCCCAUCUGCUGAUAACUCCAACUUGUCUGCUGAUGGCGAUGACUCUUUUAUCAGUGUGGACUCUGCAAUGCCAAGUCCCUUCAGUGAGGUGAGUACCAUCCUCCUCCCCACAAACGGCUGUGGUGCUUGUUACAUAGGGUGGGGUUCAUCAGCAUGUAUGUAUGGUAAGACUGCGUGGUGACCAGACUUCAAUCAUAGCAUUUGACUCCACCUCUCUGUAAACCACACUUCCUGGUCUGUUGGACUAUGAAAUCUGAAAAUAUCUAUCAUAAUAAAAAUAAAUAUUUUGUUUAACUUUGUGAGUGCCAUUUAUAUUACCAGCACAUUCAAAGCAAUGUGGGUGACAUAUGUCUGACAGUUACUCUUACAAAGCAUAAUGGAAAUGAUCUAUUACUCAUUGGGCAGAUGCUUGCAUAUUACCAUUCCUGUGUAAAAGGAAAUCAUAAUUGUCAGCACAAAUAAUUCCUGUAAAAAAAUAAACAAACACAAAAAGACUUAAUAAAUUGCAAGACAAUAAUGGGUCCAUAGCUGGAUAGUUUGACCGCAUGUGUCAUCAGACAGACACGGUGCUGUGAUUGGGGCACACAUUUUAAGAAUGCAAGCAUUAGUGGAAAUGAGUAACACCUUUUCUGCAGACAUGCGAUUGGGCCACACACUUUUAGAAGACACUGCUGGAACUGAUGGACACAUUUUCAGUAGAUACAGUGCUUAGAACUGGGGAACGUACUGUCAACUGACAAACGGUGUUGGUUUUGUGGGAUGCUUUUAGAAGACACACAGUAAUGGAAUUGGAGACACAAUUUUUAGAUUACAAGCCCAGUUCUCUACCUUUAGGCUACUCUCUAAGUAAUGUGUUAGUAAGAAAUUGUAAGCUUCACAUGCACAGUUGCUCACAACAGCUUAUCCAAAAAGACAUCAUCAAUGAGUCACUCUGUGCUGUGGUGGAAGAAGGGGAGAAACAUUAUGCACCGUGUGGUGUGUUUACCAUUUAUAAUGGAAUUACACAAGUAUGCCGUUAGCUUACUCUUUUAUCAUUGGCAAAAAAAUAUGAUUAUCUAAAGAGAUGUUGCGAUGUUGAGAAGUAGUUCUGUGGACGACCACCACUUGUGAGGCUAAUACUGUACUUGGAACGUAAAUCCUGUUAGUUAUGUCAAGUAAACAUGUUACAGAAAACCCUUAAUUCUAUUUACAGUAUUUAAUAAGCUAACCUGUUGCAAACAUACAAGUAAAAUAUUUUUCCUUCAUGCACUUAUAUCUUCAUUUAUUGCUGUCAAUGAACAGAUAUCUAUUAGCAGUGAACUCCACACAGGGUCAAUAGCACCAGAUGAGAGCAGUAACGACAUGCUGGUUAUAGUGGAUGAUCCUUCCUCGUCAGCACAGCAAUCCAGGGGAACCAACUCCCCAGCUUCUAUCUCCGGCUCUGUCUCUGACACGCUCAAUGGUGAGUGAUGCUGAAACGUCCUUAUCUGAAUGUCCACUUGCAAGCCAGAUAGUAUGAACAUGCAAUAGAAAGGUGUAAAGAGCAAAAUAAAAGGAAUACUAUUGUAUUUUUGGCAGUAAAAAUAUAAUAAAAUCUUACCUUUAUUUCAGUCUGCUGCUGGCUUUGCCCCGAUCUUCUUCCUUGGCUGACAUCAUAAGAUAUGGGGUUCUGAGCCAAUCACACGUUUCCCACAGGAAAGUAUUGGAUUGGCUGAAAUUGUCAAUGAGGCAGAUCAGGGUCAGAGCCAGCACAAGCCAAACACAGCCCUGGCCAAUCAGCAUCUCCUCAUAGAGAUGCAUUGAAUCAAUGCAUCUCUAUAAGGAAAGUUUGUUGUCUCCAUACAGAGGGUGGAGACACUGAAUGUCAGUGCUGCACACUGUCCAGCACUGCUCCAGGAAGCACCUCUAGUAGCCAUCUGAGGAGUGGCCAGUGAAGGUAUCCCUAGGCUGUAAUGUAAACACUACAUUUUCUCUGAGAAAACCAGUGAUGACUUUAAAAAGCCUGAAGGGACUGAUUAUAUUCACCAGAACAAAUGCAAUAAGAGGUAGUUGUUCUUCUGACUAUAGUGUCCCUUUAAUUGCAAAUAUAUUUUAUGCAAUAAAAACUGCCAAAACAGCGCCACACACAUUGCGCUGCAGAUUAGCGAUUCCAUAUAUUUUUUUAUGUUUCCAGCUUGCAUCAAAAGACUACUGGCUGAGCAUUUUGCUCAAAUAAAAAUUAGCUAUAACAUUUUCCUGUACACCAUUUUGAACUCACUAUUUUUAUAGAUGGGUAGCCAACAGUUAGACUCUUUACAGAAUCUCAAGUUUCAUAAUGCUUUGUCAAUGGCAAGGUAUCAUGGGAACUGUAGUUCUGCAGCAGCUAGAAGUCUACCUUUAGGAUUACAUGUCACAUGUUCAUUAUGUAUGCAGUUUCAGAAGUUUAUUUUUUUAUUACUUGGCUCUGUAGAAGAACGUUAUCAGAGUUUUAAAACAUUAUUUAAUAAGCAAAUAUAAUUUGGGAAUAAACAAAUAAAAGUAAAUUAUAAGAAUUGUUGGGUUACCAAUUUGUGGUGAUUUGUUUUGCUAAACAGGAAUUACCGGCCAAGAGACACAGGGAAGUGGGCGUGCAAAUUCAAAUCGAAGCAAAGGUCGGCCCAAGAGUGGCAACUCGAAAGGGGCCAAAUCACGGAACCGCAAGUCUACGACAGGCAGCGCAGCUGCGAUAGCAGGAGCAAUGGCUGGGGCUGCAGCAGCUUCCGCCGCAGCUUUAGCAGCAUAUGGAUACAAUGUGUCUAAGGGUAAAGUAUUUUUUUUUUCCCCUUGCCAUGAAUAGCCAUGUUAUUAAGCUAUUAUUUUCAGGUUUAGAAAUGUAAUAAAUAUAGUUAGUGGUUUUCUCUCAGGAGUUUGGUUUUCAGUAACUGUUUCAUAAGUUUCUUAGUGACCUUUGUUUGUCAUUGAUGAUAGGUACCAGUGUUUAUAUUUUUCCUGCUUGAUGCUUACACGUUGAGUCAAUAGUGAUAACUGUGACUGUUAUUUCUUAACUUUUUUAUUUUUAUUUUGACUUUGACACUUUAAAAAUGCUUUAACCAACUCUCAAUCUAAGGCAUCAAGACAACAGGAAACCCCAAAUCUUCUGAUUCUAUCUCGGAUUAUAAAUCACUGUUCCUUUAAAGAGCUGCUGUGGGACAUACAGUUAUAUGGGAUGGAAAAAAAGUUUUAAAUCAAAUUCUUAUAAUGCAUAGUCAAAUAGCUGUGCCAGUAUUGGCUCAUUUCCUCAUGAUGGAAGUUUGCCUAAAGAAAAAAAUGAUGGAAUUAAAAUGUAAUAAAAUAUUCAGGAUACACUCCAAUCACCAUAAUAACCACAACAGCCUAUUGCAAUAGUUCUGGUGCUAGAAGGCUAUGAGUGAAGCCCUUCUAUUUUUUUUUUUUUUGUCAAACUGUUUUAAUUGGUUUUAAGCAAACCAAGGGAGUACCCAGUAUCCCAAGUCGACCCCAGUUUGUGUUCACUUCAUUGUUAUCACAAAAUAUGUAUCAUGCAUUGAGAAACUGUAAGUACUAGGAUUUAGGAGAACAUGGCCACAAAUGAUGUACAAAUAUUCUGGACAAAUCACGAGGAAGUAAAAUUCCUUAUUAUAACACAGAAGGUUUUUUUGUUGAGCCACUUAAAGAAAGUUUGAUAAUAACUAAAUUGACUGAACCCAUAUCUUCCCAUCAUCAUCAUAUCGCCUCAAAUAAGCUGAUAUGGUCAUGGUGCUUGGAGUGUCCCUUUAAGAAAUAGAUUUCUGAGCAAAUCCUUUUAAAGAAUCGAGGGUGCGUAUGGGGGGGAAAGUUCACAAGGGAUCCCAGUGUAAAAAAUAUUGCCUCACCCUUUUCUUCCCUUUUUGUUUAUUCUCUACUCUCCAUAAUUUCCCCAACUCCCUCACCAGAUCUUUAUAGUGUCAUUUCACUCCAUCUAGUUCACCCUUCCAUGUAUUGUUUCUUUGUCCAUCCAAGUGAUUAUCUCUCUUUUCACCAUACAGCUUCCAAAGUUCUCCAUCUUUUGUAACCUUCCAUUCUGUCCAUCCCCUACAUGAUUUUUAACCCUUUACUUGUAUUUGCAUGUUUAGCCCAGCUUCAAACCUUUUCUUCUUUCCUUCUUGCCACAUUUUCCUGGAUAUGGGGGUGUACUUCAUCCCUGGCUAUCGUAUGGAUACUAAUAAUAAUAAUUUUGUUCUUGUAGGUCUCUCAUCUACCAGUCCACUUCAGACAUCUCUGUUACGACCAUCUGGAAUUGCUGAUUUUAGCUCAUCCUCACCAGUCAGCGGCCCCUUGAACAAAGGAAAUUGUGUUCCCGGUACUCCAAAAAUGAUCAAUCCAAUUAUUUCAAAUCCAGAAACCCCAACAAGAAGGCAUAGCAAGGGUGCCAGCACAACAGGAGGGCUGUAAUAAUUUGGGUAUAUGUACUCCUGUGUUCAAAUGGGACGUAUUUUUUAUUUGAUAUGGAGACUCUGACAUGUAAGACUCGUAACUCUCCCAAAAUUCUACAGCACAAUGACUGUGGAAGCUGUUGAAUUCUCUGCUGUAUAUCUCUUUUUUAGAAUGGAGUUUAUGUCAAUCCCUCCACAAAUAAGGGAUAUUAUGUUGACAAAGAUGAGUUAUGAAAUAUCUAAUUCUUUGGACACAAGUGUCCAAGAUGUACUUGUCUUUUUUUACCCACUUAAUGCUCGUUCUUGAGCAUCUGCAAAACACACGUGUAGAACUUUUGAUGCAAUAAUCCGCCUUGGGCUGCAGUGCCCCUCCCCCCUUUUCAAUUUCACAAUCUCUUCCUGUUGCUUGCACUAUUGUCUGCACUACCAGAAAUGGAGUACCGGAGAGCAAAGCAGUGUUGACACAUGGGACAUGCCGAGAUAUAUAAAUAUAUAUGUAUGUAUGCUGGAAAACCAGCAUGUUAACUUUUAUUUCUUCUGUUUAGUCAUUCAUUGUAAUUUAAACAUACUCUUCUCCGACCCCCACCUGCUGCAUAGACUUCUAGAAGCAAGAUUUAUCAAUCCUUGAAAUGAAUAUGUUAGCUGUGUCCAUUGGUUUGCAGAUAGUCCGAGAUGCAGUCUCCUACCUCUUCAGUUAUACUAGCUACUUCGUCAGUUCUUUGUUCUUCUGUGCAGAACAGCUAUUGCUAUCUUUGGUACUUAAGUGUUUGGCGACUGCAGAUCCAAGGAGUCUGAACCAGCUUUUAAUGGGUUCUGUAUUCCCAAGACAUUUCAAGUGCUAUGGUUAGCCAUCACUGCUGCAGACAAAGGACACCGCAUUCUCUGGAAGAAGCCAGUUCACCCAUAAACCUUUGGUUACUGUUAACCAAUGUUCUCCACAGGGUCCCUGUAACACAGCAGAAAUUCCCCUUAUUUAAAUUGCCCCCCGCCCUCCAAUUUUACACAGUAAUGCAGCCUUUCUGUAGUGUGUGUACAUAAAUUUAUUUUGCGGGAUUCUAAACAAUGCAAUGCUUUUUUUCCUCUUUACAAUGUGUUGUCUAUUUUUAUAUCUGAAUUUGUAUAUAUGUAUAAAAAGAGACACAUCUUUCUUUUACUAACUGGAGAGAAAAAAAUCUGAAUAAAUUGAAGAUAAUUUUAGGUAAUAUUGUAUCUGUGUUUUUUGUUUUUAUUUUUUUAUGUGUUUUUUUUCUACUGAAACUGUAAAUGGAGGAAGAAGUUCAAAGGGAUGGUGGUGUGGGGUUUAAAACACAGACUGCCUUAAAUAACUGCAUAUUGUAAAAUAUUGUGUUUUGUGACUUUUAUUAAAAAAACAAAUACAUUUGCUUUUAAAUAGUG